AUGUGGAUACCAACAGAGGAGGAGAAAAUCGGAGUUGGUGAGUCAAAAGCAUCCUUAUUUUUCUUAAUUUACGACGUUUCUGUUGCAGCUUUUUCAUUGACUUCAAUCAUACAGCGUUUUGGUGGCAGAAACACCCAAUUCUAUCCAUCGACACUCUGCGUAUAAGCUAUCCAGCCUUUUCUUUCGUGUUGUUAUGUCCAUUACACCCACUGAAAAACACAUACACUUCUAAUGGCUGAAAUGCAAGGCCAGUGACUGCAUAGAAAGGGAAAUUGCGUGGGAUGCUACAGCCUCCAACCCACCGCCUUACAGAUGCGAUCGCAGUCUGUACACAACCGCAGGCGGUGCUUCAAUUCAGGCUCCAUCUAUGUAAUCCUAUAUGGUUUUAUAAGGGGAAAAACUGCGUCAAUGUAGCAUUUUAGCUCUUUCUUGGAGAAGCGUAUCUAGAGAGGGGGAAGAAGGGGAGGGAGAGGAAAAAGGCGAUUCGAGUUGAAACCACGAGGGGGCAUCGUGACUGCGUCCCUCCAACAGGUGUAGGCUGGAGUGAAGCUGGAGAGGCUACCUGUAGACACAAAAGUGCUUUUACUGCUGCAAUAACAACUUCACUGCAUUGUGGCACACUGAGCAUUUCUCUCUCUCCUUGCUGCAUGUAUAAACUUUGACACCUAGAAAGAGAGCUAAACAAAUGUCAAAGAAGGUUCAUAUCAGUCCAAAAAGCCUUGGAAUAAAAAUAAAGAAGAAUUGCGCACACAAGUGUCCCUAUAGCAUGCGAUCUCACUAUAGAGGGGUUUCAUUAUAGGGGGGAUGACUCAUGUCCAGAUGCUGUACUGCUUGUUACUUGCAGGGCUACUCACAUGCCGGUUCACACAUGAAACUCCCCGAUCCCACAUCCUCCCACACAUUUACACUUUGCAUUUGUCAUGAUCGUUUCACAAAAGACUGCAGGAUGUGUGCGCCCCGGCGGCGAUCCACCACCAUCAUCUCAACACUUGGAGGCUGUGGAGUAAUAUGAAGGCAUUUGGUCGUGAUAUAUCCCUCCCAGGAUGACUGCAGGGGUAUAAAAGGCUUCGUAUCGGGGUUGUCUUAUAAAUAAACAGAGUGAGGGAGUAGGUAUAUGUAGUGCUGUGUGAAGCAACAGUUCGGCUCAGCCUCCGCAUCAAGUGUUUGCGGUGUGACCUGGCGCUGUCCGCGGUGCUGAAAUGCGGGGAAGCAGAGUCUGUACCUACCUACACAGUACACACUGUACCUUGUAAAAGGAAGCCCAAAUUACUCCUUACAGUCCCCCUUUUUCUUCGCCUUUAGAUAACAUGUUGACAUGCAACACAAGGAUCAAUAUCCCCCCUCUGUUUCUGUAGAUGAAGCCCACGCUGCUGGCCUGCUACGCUAACCGGCUGUAUCCUCUUAUCAUUCCUUUUCUGUGUCAUCACUUGCACCAUUUCACUUCUUCUUUCUCCUUAUCUCGCCUAUAAAUUGUCUCUCACCAGUGAUACAAUAAAAGUAAGCGUGUCUUUCUUUCUUUCCCCUGUGGUACUUAAUAGGCUCCGUCUAAACAGGAAACAGUCGGAGGCCACCUCAUGAAACCUUAAUGCCUUUCUUAGAAUUGCUGCCUAUUCAUUAUGUUGUUCUUGGUUGUGUGUUUGUGCGGGGAAGAGAUAAUAUUAGUUGCUAAAUCAUUUUUAGAGUGGCACCAAAGGACCAGGCUGCUUUUUACUAUUUUAAAUAUUUUAAUUACUAAUUAAUCUGUAAUUGCGUGUGUUGUUCUCCAAUUAAGAUUUCGUCAGUGAAAUUUCAAAGUGCCCACAAGCACAUUAUCAUUAAGCUGCAAAAUAAAGAAUUACAAGCUUAUUGACUAACAGUAGGACUCGGUGAUUAUAUGAUCGGGAUUAAUGAUCGGGAUAAAUUUAAGUUCGAUCACGGUGAUCAUCAGCUGUGAGCUUAUUUACUCGAUCAAACAUGGCGAGAAUGUGCAUCACAACAGCCAAUCAGAGUCGAGCUUUUCCUGCUCACUUCUGUAAGUUGCUGGACAUGUAAACAAAGUAACCGAACGUGGAGCUGAGGGCAGUAAAAUAGAUGUCAGCCAUGACUUUGAGUCAUCCUCCAAAGAUGUUAUUGUUGAGAAGAAAAGUUAUUUAACGUCUUAUUUAGUAUUUAUCUAUUUAUUUUUUUAUUCGGAAGUACAGAUGCUUUAAAACUGGCAGUCAAAAAAUAAAAAUCGGGAUAAUAAUCGAGAUGGACAAUAUGACAAAGUAUAUCUUGAUCAUCUUUUUGGCCAAAUCGCCCAGUUCGAACUAACAGUGAUUCAAACCUGAGGCCAGUCUUUUUAAAAAAUGGUUUGCCUGUGAAUGCUAUUUGUAGACAGUAAUAUUGAAACACUUUCUUUAUACUUUUAUUGGACAGUGCCAUGACUGCACAGCAGUACCUGCCCACAUGAGAGCGACUGAAAUGAACGAAAUGGAUCUAUCUGAGUCCACGUGAUGCAGCUGAGACUCAAACUCCUGUAGCAGUAUGCUAAAAUAUAUAACAGACUGUAAACCACUAUUAUCUGUGAAGGACCACUCUUAAGCCGUGUGUGUUCAUGACAGAACAAUAGGUAAAGCUAGGAUGAUACUCACAGAGAUGAAAGUGGUUAAAGUAGCAUUUCUGUGUAGCCUAAGCCAUCAUUUUAACCCUUACUUUCACUACAAAUACACUUUUUCUUCCAUGUAUGCUCGUCAUGCACAUGGCCCAAAAGUGCUCCAUGAUAAGGUCAUCAUUUCACAGUUAUUCGCAGACCCUGCGGCUGAGUAGCAAUGCCGGGAUUUCUGGGACACUGCUUUGGAAUCAGACAUGGUAAAACGCUCCUGUGCCUCAGCGGCAGAAAUCCUGAGGUUAGCAAGACUCGGACGCAGUAAUGUGUCUGUGAGUGUGCGUUCAAGUCAUGCUGAACAACAUGACUCAGUGGGCGAAGCCUGGAGACCGUCGUGCAAUUUUGAACUUAGCCAGAUCUGGGACAGGAUUGCACUUAGCCGUGGUCUGCAUACUCGCAAUGGUUGAGCUUCACACUCGUAAUCUACAGUAGACUACAUUGAAGUAGAGGAAUGUCUCAGAAGCUUGUUUAUUUCAGUGUUGCAGUUUAAGUACAGUUUCUUUUCCAGUGAUUUGUUUCUCAAUACGAUUUUGCCAUUACCUGCUGUGGGAAAAAAAGACAAUUUAUAAGCCCUAAUAGUGUUUACUGGUGUACUGGCAGCUUUCUGAUGACAUCUGCCCUUUCUCAGCAGAUAUUUCUCCCCUGUGGGCUAUAGUACUGUAACAUACUGUAUAUGUUUUCACUGAUUCCAAAGCAAGGUCAUUGGGCUGCAUAUACUGUGUUGAAAGCUUCACUAUAAACUAUGAAGAGGAAAAACAUUUUUUAAAAUGGCAGCAUGUUAUAAUAUUUACACUGAUUUAAGUCUCACUUUAUCUGCUGUACAAGAACAAUGCAUUUAUUUUGACUGAGUCGCAUAAAUUUUAGACUUAAUGAUACUAUGUAGCUGCUCUGAUGUCAAGUAAAUGUUUUUAAAGGGUGUUCAAACCCGAGAAAUUUCUCAUUUUGUACAAGUGAAAACAUGGGUAUCACCAGAUUAAUUGCAUAGAGUGGAAUAAAAUGACAUGGGUUAAAUGCUGCAAAGAAAACCUUUAAUUACAUUUUCCUAUAUUAGAUGAGAUUUCUGUCUAAUAACUUCUAGAUGUUUAAAAUGAAUCCAACUACUCAUAAUGCAGAACAACUUCAAAACUACAUCAGCCUUGUUUUAAUGUUUUUGAUUACGAGCUGUGGGAAUCUGAGACUGUGGGGGAGAGCAGUAUGUUGUACAGUUUGUAUACUUGAACGUUUGCAUGCAGACAGCAGAGACUCGAAGUCAUUUCAGGGGAAAGUUCCCGUGGUGUGUUGUUGUUGGGUUAUAUGAGGUACAUGUCAAGCGAGUGUAUCACCCACUGGGGAUCCUGGUCAGCUUGGCACCGUUGUUGAGAAACCAUAUGUCACAGUGGCUGGGCAAUAAACUGCGACUUUAGUUCAUUUUAAGAAACUUAAUUACAAUUGCUUAAUUAUAAAACCUGUUGGGCUUUAGGGUGUUGUUCUGCUUGAGUGUCUCUGCUGUUGGUUUGGGUAUAGGAUGAAUCAAGAGCAGUAUAUAUUGCCAGUAAUUAAACUCAUAUACAACUGAAUUUCACUGAAGAGGUCUCUUUGGAGGAUGGUAUCAGGAUUUGAUAUUGUAUCACAGCUUUAAAUAAGGUAAAGACAGAGAUCAUACCAACAAGCUGUCUAAUUAAAACUGCAAAAAUGCAAAACACAAUUUUGUGAACAGAUUAAUGCUAGAAAACUACAAAGACUGUUUGCCUCAAGACCAGCUGAUUAUCAUCAGAGAGGGCGGUUUAAAAGUCGAAAUUCAUGAGCUACACUAAAGCAAACAUUGAUUUCAGUAUGUGGAGCCAUUCAAUGGGGAAUAAUAAAUCAUUUACAACCAUCAUUCAAUUAGAGUAAAAAUAUUCACAUUGGCGUUUGGAGCUUGUUGAGUAAAAUCCUUAUAAGGUUAUUUUUUUAAGGUUGUGUAUGUGUGAGAUUUGAUCUAUGCAUUCCUACAAUGAAUACUGAGUUGUACAUCAUUUACAUUACUUUUGUUGACAGAUAAGCAGAUAAUAAAAGGCCUUUGAUAGAAUAAACUGUAGGAUGUGUUGAUUAAAUUGUAUAUUAAAGUCAUGUAAAAUAACCCAGCUCUUAUUCAUGAUCUUGUGUUUUAGUUGUUAUAGCGUGGUUGCACAUCCCUUUGCUGCAGUGAACAUGUUACCUUUGCUUUAACUACAUCUGAAAGUCAAAACAGGUAACUCAAGGACAACCUGGGGCCCCAAACUGAGAGAGCCCCCCCUACUGAGUCUGGCUCAAAUUGUGUUUGGAUGGUUUUUAUAUUUAGAUUUUUCUUUUUUUUCCCCCAUAAUGAAAAGUUAUAAAACAGGGAUUAGAUUAAACCAACAAACCCUCAUAAAUAAGGCGCUCUUGAUACAGGAAACUUGAGCUGCAACCCUGUGAGUGACUGUUUUUCAAGCAGGUCAGCAUCUCAAUCCCAAACGUCAAUCAAAGAUAUGCUAGAGUUAUUGAUUUGCUUCAAUAGAUAUCUGUUAUCCAUUGAAGAACGAGGGUGCUGUGAGGUGAGAGGAAAUUAGAAGAGCCCAGAAGUCCUCUUCUGUAAUAAAGCCCCAUAAUCCAGUUACUGGUUACAUAAUAGCCGCCAUAAGAUACCAUGUGAAACUCUGAAUGUUACUCGAUGGAAGGACAGUCUGGCCUGGUAUAUUGUUGCUGAGUAUGAGGAGAGUUUCCUUUGCCAACAUUUUGCUACAGCCUGUCCCGUCACUCCUUCCAACAUCCUACGUUCAGCAUGUUGAAAGAAAAUUUGGUUGGUGAUGUUUUGAGGAUAUGCUAAUGCUCUGUAGCUUCCACGCACAGUAAAAAAGUGUUUACACAGCUUGGAGAUUUUGUGAGGGAGGACGAUGAAAAUAUGAGCCUGUGUGAUGCGCCGUCUCUCUCUCUCAAAACAUGACAAUCCCAUCUUGUUCUGACGUGGCCUCUGCUAAAGAGUUCUCAAAUGGUGUGUGAGUGCAGGUUUUGCAAUUCAAAUGACAUAAAGGCCAUUAAAGAACAGGACUCUCAGAUUGAAAAUACUUAGCCCUGGCAGGAAAAGGGCCAGAGGCAGACUGAAAAAGGUGACGAAGAGGCUUUUUAAGUCUAUCCAUCUCUCUCCCUCUAAUGCGUGCCCAGGACGCUUGACUUUAGCUCCUCUGCCAUGCGGCAUCCAUAAGCUUGCCAUUUUAAAAUGCUCAGAUCCCUGCAGCAGUUACAGUGAAGAAAGCCCUCCAGUUUGUGGAUGAUCUGUUGCCAUAGUUACCGAGUGCAGGAACUGAGCACUUGUUACCCUCAAACAGGCAACAGAGCCGAGCUGUAGCCCCUCCUUCUCCUCCUCCCCCUCACUCGGUCCCCUGGCUAGCUCAUUAGCAUAAUGAUUCACACCAAACUCUCCUUGAAGGGCCACCAUUUGUAGGUUUUUUUUCAAAUCGUCAGCGGAGCCGUGUCAUUUUCAAACAUGUUUGUCUUACGUGAAUGUUAUAAAGCCCACAAUAUGCAACACGGCUCAUGCUGCAGUGCUGCACAGACCAAAAAAGAGACCCCAGAGGCCACUCUGCUGUGAAGGCCUUUAUUGUGGCAUCUUUCCCCUGAGGUGUAAUCGUGUUCUUAAUCAGGCUGUGAGUCACAAGAGAAAAAUAAGCUGCAUGAUGCUGUGAAAGCAGGUGGCAUGAAAGAUUUCUGCUAAUUCCAAGGCAUGAUAAAGCACAUUUAAGCCACACUACUGAGCACUCGGUGUGGGCUUCACUUUGGGAGACAAUUUAUUAAUUUAACAUGCUCAAAAAUUAGGCCGCUUAAGAAUUAAUUGCCUCUUAAAAGGACAACCCACUUCAGGAUGGGAGCUUGUUUACAGUUAGCUAGGCCAUGGCUCAUGUGUGACACUGUUAAGAAGUUUGUAUUUAACAGCUUAUUAAAGUCAGACUAGAGUCCCAAAACACAUGCUGUGUGGAGAAACAACAAUACUCAUGAGGUGGCUGGCUUAAUUUGAGGUCACAGAGCUGAAACAAGGCAUAGAUCUUAUUCUGUGACGUUGUUUCUCUUCACAGUUAGUGCAAAAACUACCAGAAGGUCAAAUAUUUAACCAUCGCUGUUGUGUCAGAAGUUUCUUUUUCUUUCUCUGCAGUGAUCUGCAACUUCCGGUCACCAAUAUGUCAGGCCCUGGUCCUGGAGAUUGGGGAAACUGUACAGAUCCUGGAGAAGAGUGAAGGUAAAACCACCAAAUCUCAGACUAUAUUUAUUUAUUGUGCAUUAUAUCAAAAGAUUGUAGUUAUAUGGAGUUCAUGGUAUCAUCCUGCAUGACGUCGGUAUAUACCCCAUAUAGAGCUUAAAGUCUCCCUUGUUUUAAUUUAACUUUUAAAAAUGAAGUUCUGUAUUUCUAGAAUCAUAGUGAAGACUAAAUUAACGUCCCGAGCUUCUGUUUGAGAAAAAAACAGUAUAUUACUUUACAGGCUGAUGUAGUCCUGCCAUGUUUGUUGGGAACAACUAUAGAAAAUUAGAUGAUUUUCUAUCAUACAUUUCGAUUUAAGUCAGAACACAUUGGUUCAAAAUCAACUACGGAAAAGCUGUAAGCCAAAUUAACAAAAAAUAAAAUGAAAACUUUGUAAACUCAAAAAAUAACCUUUGAUAGGCCACAGAAAAGUAGUAAAACUUUUCCUUUUAUAUGCAAUAUGUCAUAUCAAAAUUUCCUGAUGUAUUGUCUUUGACAGUGUUGAGAAAAACUACUACUAUGAGCUUUAAACUUGUUAUUCUAUGAUAUUGCCUAGCCAAGUGUUAGAAUUAAGCGCUCCACCACAAGAUUGUUUUCUCUUUUACUGCAAAUAAAUUACCAACAUCAGAUUUUUUUAGGAAACAAUCAAAAACAGCACUUUUAAGAACUUUUGUGUGGAAAUUAUUCUGAUACUUUAAAUGUUGCAACAGAACAUGGUAGAACUUAGACUAGUCUCAAGCCAGGUUAUAUAAUUAUGUGAUUUAUUUAUAAAAGAUGUUACUGAUCAGAUAAAACAGAUAGAUAUAACUGCAGAAAGUACCACCCACACUGAUAUUUCAAGAAAGAGUUUAGCUGAGAUUUUGUCAUGCAAACUACACUUUCACCCUGAAUAUGUUGCUCUAAAUGUGUUUUAUUUAAAAAUAAUUAGGUUUCCUGUGUGGAUUUUGCUCUUUCCCCAGGUUGGUACAGAGGCUUUUCCACCAAGAAGCCUUCUAUCAAGGUAAAUAUGUCAUUAGACACACAAAUGUUUUCACAUUGGGUUUCCUCUUAUCACACUAUUACUUACUAAAAUGAACUAGAGGCAUCAUUGAACUUAAACUCAGCUUUAUCAACUUUAUCAAAACAAGAAAAAUAAAACAAGUCACAGAUUUUAACCUGCAUAUUUGAAGAACACAAAGAUUUUAUCAUUGAUGAUGCAUUUUGUGAAUGAUAAUAUGAUGUUAACACCCCCAAAAUAACCGUGUCUAGACAACAAAGACCUUAAUGGCUGGUUAACUCAUUGAAUAGUACUGUGAUAGGACUGAAAUAGAAAUCUCCUGACCUGUAUUUCCUGAGGUGCUUUCAUAAAGGCACAGUUUCUUUGAGCUGUUUCUUAUUUUAUGGCACAAAAUGUAGCAUCAUCUUUGAGAUUAAAAGAAUCAUGAAAUUAAAGACACAAUCAGUUCUCAAGAAAAGAGGAGGACUGCACAUGAAUCACAUCACCUCAAAUGAGACACAUGGUAGUCCUUUGUUUUAAUGAAAGCGUAGUAGGAUUCUUAACAGAUCAUUCGAACCUUAAUGCAGUUUUACAGGAUAAUAGGGUGUAAAGGUAUUUGGGAAAUCUAAAUUUUGUUUUUCCCACAACCAGCAGAUGGUGCAGUUAGUAAUGUGAAAACAAGCUAUUUUCAAUCUAAAACGAUUGAAAAUCUACUUUUUAUCUUGUAAAUUGAACAAACAGUUUCACUCAGUGAUUGUAAAGCACAGUAGUACACAUAUUUGUCUUUUUAAUUUACAGAGAGCAAAAAGAACAUCAGGGAUCAGAGUCUUUAUGCAGAGUCUUGAAGAAAAUAGGCAUUACUUAGUGAGAAGAGGACUUAUAUGAACACCAUUAUCACUGACAGAGAUCAACACCCUACCCUGCAGCGAGUGGUUAUUAUAUAUGACUAACUUAAGUGAUAACACGUAUCAAAGAUGGAGGAUUAUCAUAAAAACAGUUGUAAGGGCAAAGAUCAAGUCUGUACCACUCAAAUAUGAGGUAAACAAUGAGAAACAUGAGUGAUGAGAUAGGCUAUAUUUCUCCUUUUCUAUGCAGUAGCUCCACUUUGCUUUUCACUGAAAUAUAAGUAGCUUGUAGAGUUAUGUGGUGUUGCUGGGAUGUUGUAAAGAAAGCACAAAAGCUGUCCAGUCCUGCUAAAUGUGGGUGUUAGUGGCUACAUACUGUCCUUCUCUACUCUCUACUCUCAGCUAUUUACAGUUCUUACUAACACCCCUCCAUUUUGUUAUGUACUCCGCUGCCCACAUUAAUUCGCCCCCAUACUCUCUCUCUCUUUCUCUCUCUCUCUUCAUGCUGUGAGAAUUAGUUGUGCUCACUGUGGCCAAUUCUUCACAUCUGGCAGAUUAGAAUAAGAACGAUGAACUGCAAGGGUGGCACCACUCGGUCCCUCGUGCUCUUGCACCGUUAAGCCGAGCCACAAUAGGGGCUCCCACCCAUUGCUCUGCCUCUCGUUUCUGUAGUGUGUGCAAAUAGUGAGGGAUCUUUUUUUUAUGCAAAGCUGAAAAUGUAACAGACAGCAAAGCAGGAAUUGUCGAAAUAUAUCUAAAAGAAGUGUGAUCCCGCAUUUCCUUCAAGAUAGAAGGUGAUGCGGGCAUGUUUGUGAAAUCUCUUUAUUUACAGUGGCACUCAACACAGCCAGGUUUCCCUUUCUUACAGCAGAUUCAUCACACAGUACUGUACGUUUUGGUUACAUGUUGCAGGAGAUUUAAGAAUAAUCCUGUCACACUCAGUCUCAUCUCCACUCCUUCUUCUGUCCACAGGGGAUAUUCCCAGUCAGCUAUGUCCACUUGAAGAAAUCCACAGUGACCAACAGAGGGUAAGCUGUGUGAUAACUUUAGUUUGAGCUUGCAUGGCAUCAUUAGGGGGCACUUAUCUAACUCAUAUUACUUUGAACUCUCUGAAAAACAUGCACCCACCACAAUACAAUCUCCACAUUAGAAGCAUAUCUUUAUAAACUCUCUUGUCAAAGCACAGACAUGAGGAGAAUUCUGAUUGUUUCAGACCCAAACUCUCAAGAAUCUAACCACACAGAACAUGCAAUGCCAAAAAAGAAAAAAAAAUUAAGGUCUUCCUGACAACUACAAGAAAAAAUAUGCAUUGAGGGGUAGACUUGGGUUUAAAGUGAUAUGGUGUCCCAUUUUCAACUGAAAUUUGGACCCUUUUUUCCCCCAAGUUUUAGGUCCUUAGACAAAAAAAAAACUUGGAAUUAGGCCUGUGGAUCUCCUUAGCCUGCAGCUUUAAAUGUCAGAUUGGUAUUUCAAGUGUUGUGUGAACUAUUAUGCAUUUACUCAAGCAAAAGUUCUCUCUCACACUUCAAAACAAGCCACCAUUGUUGUCCUCUUUCAACUAAUCAUGUCUGUUGAGAUUUCAGAGUGAGACCUCCCCCAUACUGCAGCUCACGCUCCUCAUUUCAACAGUUUUACCCUUAAGUAACAAAGUCUGUGUCCAGAGACCCUUUCUAUUCUUUAAUUCGACACUAAGGGCCUGAUCGACUGAGAUCCCGAACGGUAAUUUGCGUGCGCAAACUAACAAAUUGCACGUCCUAUCAGUGGGCGUGUUGCGGGUGAUCAACUAUCAUUGCGUGCGUAAUUGAUAACAGGUGCGAAAGGAGGGUAUCGGCGUGCGGUAUCGGCUGUCACCAGUGAGAGUUUGUGAGAGUAGAGUGAUCGUAGCCAAAAAAUGAAGUCCGAAGCCAUGGAGUUGCACAUCGUUUUGGGGAACUGCGUAAAAGGCGAGCAAGGCAAGUUUAUCUGUCACGGCACUUCCUCCCUCUCCCCACGAUGACCGUGCGUAACGCUGUGCCAGUUCGCCUUUUAAACGUACUAAAUAUAGACGCAAAACAGCGACCGCAAUUGGUUUCCAGGUUUGAUAAAUCACAUUGCAGGUGCUUAAUGACCGCAUUUAGCAGAAUUUUGCGUGUUCUGAUGAUCUAUUCUGCGUAUUCAUGAAGGCAAACACGCUAAAUCGAUUGCGCAUGCUGUUUGACUCAUCUGACGGACGCAAUCCUCGGUGCACCCGGUUAGUAGAUCAGGUUUGUGUGCGCUAUCAAACCUUUAGUAGAUCAAGCCCUAUAAAUAACAGUCUGAGUCUUUCAGUAGCAUUAAAAGUGAUUUAAGAGGGCGUGUUUUCAUCUUACACUGAAGUCACUGCAAGCUGUUUUCCAGCUGCUGGAUGAGGUGAUCCCCUGGACCAGCUCCAAAAUGUUUGGUACCUGUGACUCAUUUAGACCCCAUGAGAUUUUACAAUAGGGCCAAAAGCUUAACAAUUCCCAAAUUACCCUCUUAUCAGACUUUAUUGGGGCUGCUGUACUCAGCUGUGAUGCUUGCCAGUAAGUUUGACAUUUUUCAAAGUUGGCUGUACGGGGUUCACGUCAGUGUUUUGAAGUAUCUAAUCUGGACACGUGCUCAGUUCUGCAGCAGUAAUCAUAUUUUAUCAUUACAGUCUCCUUUCCAAACUUUUUAUGCUUUCUAAUGUCCAUAAAAUUAUUCUGUUGCAUAACUUUUUGUCCACAGCUCAAGUCAAAUCCAUCAGCCCCAUUAAGUUCAGACAAAGAAAACACCAUGCUGGCUGUGUCAUUGACUUUGAAUGUGUCUUUGUAGCCAAAUAUAGCAGAAAAAAAGACAGUUAAAUUUAUUGCAAAACAAGAUAUUUUAUGUAGGAGGUGAGUUCAGACUUGCUGUAUAGCACUGCUUUCUCUACUCAGAUCCAUGACCUUUAUUGAGACAUAUUGGAGGAGGAUAUGAGCAAUGACGAUAACAAAUAGUUUUAUUUAUCUUACAUGCAUCAGGAGCUCUUCUUAUCUUACAUAACACAGGGAGUGUGAUACACAUUCAUCUGCUUAUCAAUGUCAAAGCAUGAGCGAUUGUGACGAUCUAAUCUUGGAGAGAACUUCUGCCAAACGGCUCAAAAUCGCUCAUACACACAUGUGCACGGCAGUCAUGUACAGUUUAGACACAGCCGUGGGCCAUAGCUGUGGAGGCCCAGCAGAAAAGUGAAAACAAAGGAAUGCAGCAUAGCUCUUUAUCAGCCUGAACUCAUGGAUGUUAAAUCUGCAGGCUGGGAGUUCGCUGUUAUAUCACUGCCCUCCAGUCGAGCCUCAACAUAGCAGGAGGACUCCCGUUUGCACUCAGACAAUUAAAAGUGCAGACUAGGAAAUUGACAUUAUUACACUCGCUCGCUCCAGGAGCUUCACUUUGGGGAAUCUGCUUUGCUGUCUCAUGGAGUUAAUGAGGUGACACACCCACUGCAUAUCUGUAGCUCACCCAAAGCUUCCCUGCCAGAGACAAUCACCCCAACUCAUUGUGUAAUGGACGGAGAUGCUUCCUUUGUGGCAAACACAAUGAUACAGUAUGAGAGAUAAGUCUUCACAGCACAGGCAAGAGCUUAGUGAGCAAAGUGCAGAGUGUCACGAGAGAUCUAACCUUUGGUUUAAUGUUUCUCUAUGAAUGCAGCCACACAGAAAGGAUGUGCGCAGUUGUGUAGACUUGAGUGCUCCUCCCCCAUCGCUAACUGCAGCUAUAGAAAAUCUCAUGAAUAUUUAUGAUAAUAACCUUGUUAUCUCAUCGCUGAAAUUCCUUUUUGUUUAUGGGGUUGUAUUUGUCAAUAUGGGGCUUGGAAUGCAAUUUAUACAUCACAUGCAUGAAAGGUAGAAAAGUUAUUCCACUUCUGUAUUAAUAACAAAUCAAAACAAUAUGUUACUUAUCACUGAUUUUGACUCAGUCCUCUUCUGUCGCUGCUGCACUCACAUUUUUACAUACCAAAGAAACACAGAAAAAGAAAAGAAGUCACUGUGGUUCAAAAACAGGCGGUCUAUUCUAUGUUUUGAUACUCUGACCUUCGACAGGUAGCUAGCAUGGCCAAGGGUACUCAAGCAGUGUAGGUCAAGUAAUGCGGUUGGGUUUUUAUUUUCCUGACCUUCAACAACUAGCUUGACAUUUGCCCACUAAUUCAGAAUACUGCACUAAUUCAGACUGUGAUUAGCAAAUCCUCUAAAGGUGAUUUUCAAGUAUAAGGUGAACCCUUUCUGACUGGUUUCUUUGCUUGUAGUUAAGUGCGCGCACAUUUAGCUCUGCUGCUUGUGCGAGUAGUUGCUGAAAUUAACAUUUACAUAAAUGAUGCAUCUUUUAGUCGUCAAACACACAGCAUUUUUCUCAUUAUCUUAAGGGCUGUGAAAGCUUUCUUAACAUUUCACAAGAAGAAAUUAAGCAACAGGUUGCAAAAACAAAGAAAAAACAGGACAAAUACAUGCAUACAUACUCGGCAUGCUAAAAUUUGACAAUAACCACACACUUUUUAUUUAUCCAAUCAGAUAGCCCAGCAACCUCUUAGUUAGCACAGUCGCUUAAAUGAAGGAUGUUAAAGUUUAUGAAGACAUUUAAAAAAGGAAAGCUCUUCUGUUACCUGAAUUAAUUUUUCCCAGAGACACACAAUUUACAAACUAACUAAGUGCUGCCAAUGCAAAAGAGUAUCAAGACAUGUACUGUAUAUUGCUAGUGUGUGCUUAAAAUUAGCGUAGCUUUGUUGUAGUAUUAAACAGUGUUAGUGCACAUUGUAGAUUUGAGACCAGAUCGAUAUUGGCCAUCUAUCAAGCUAACAGUGAGACUAGGACUGGGCGAUUAUAUAACCGUGAUCGAUGAUCAUGAUAAAUUUCAGUCUGAUCACGGUGAUCAGCUGUGAGCAUAUUUACUCGAUCAAACAUGGCGAGAAUGUGCAUCACAACAGCCAAUCAGAGUCGAGCUUUUUCUGCUCACUUCUGUAAAGUUGUCAGAGAAGUAAACAAAAUGACCAAACAUGGAGCUAAACGCGGAGCUGAGGGAAGCAAAAUAGAUGUCAGCCGUGACUUUGAGUUAUUCUUUGAAGAUGUUAUUAUUGAGAAUUUAUAGCCAACUAACGAACUAACUAAUUUAACUAACUAGACUAGUUUCUUUAGUUUUUAGUGCAGAUGCUUUAAAACAGGCAGCUAAAAAAAAUCAUGAUAAUAAUUGAGAUCGGAUGAUAUGACAAAAUAUAUCUUGAUCUUUUUUUUUUGCCAAAUCGCCCAGGCCUAAGUGAGACGACAAACUGACACCAGCCCUAAAAUUCUCAAAGUAACCAAAACCAGUAGCUGUAAUUUUGUCCCCUCAUUUGAAGCUUACCUCAGAUUAUCUCAGUGCUGAUAUUUUUAUUUGUGUCCUUGCUCGUCUAUCUGCUAAUAUUUCUGUACGUUUUUUUCCCCUCAGGCUGUGUGAGACCGUGGUGCCCCUGGAGGACCCUAUCAUCACAGAGACCACCUCCACACUGCAGGAAUGGGGCGUCUUGUGGAAGCAGCUCUAUGUGGUUGGUAGCACUGUAUUACAGCACAUCUCACAUAUAUUGAAACAAAACACUAAGUAAUAAAUAUGAGACGGGGGUUUUAACAUCACCAAGGUUUUCAAGGGAAUUGGGCGAAUCACAGCUUUUUGCAAAAAGGAAAUUGCAUCUGUUGUUGUUUCAUCUGCAUCCUCCUCAGGGGAGUUUGAUGGAACAGCCUUUUGUGAUGUUUUUCUUCUCUGCGCUUAAUUUAACACCUCAUAUAACAAGGUCUGCCAGCAAAGAAGGUGAAUGUGAGUUAUAGCACAAACAUACAGUGAUAUCUCCUUUAGAUGUAUGCCCAUAGCAUGCCGUUCUGACUGUCACCCUACAUUUCCAUACACUAUCUCUUCAGGAGCAGACACAGAUAAUGGCCUACAGACCUGUCAUAUGCAAUUUCAUGCUGUGUCAUUCAGCCACUGAUUGAUCUUGGCCUCCCCCCUUGUAGUUACCGCAUCAUCUUAAGAUCCGGCAGAGCUCACCAAUUUCACUCAGCUUUUACUUGCCCGGCACAAGUGAUUACUGGAAACCUAAAGCAUCCUUAAUCCUGCUCCAUGUCGAAGGGGGCAGGCAGAAGAGGAUGGUCGGGUUUUGAGUUUGGAGCUGAGUGGAUGUAUUGUGGAGCUGGCACAGAGUUUUUACAUAACCUCUCGCUGAGGACUGCUCAUGCUCUGAGCAAACUAAGGAGCCCGAGGCAUUGGUGUGGUGAUGUAACUUCCUCUGAAGCUCGACUAAUGUGAAGCGCUGAUUUAACAGUGCUCCUUUUGGUGCUCACCCCCUCUGUGAUAUGGGCCAUGUUGCCACACUUGCAGCCAUAAUAAUAGGAUGUAGCACUGACUGGAUGUUGAUACAUUUCACCUUAUUGUUGCCAAUUACAAUUCAUGGUAUUACUUAAGGGAGCAAUGGCCUGGGCAUAAAUGUGUAUCUAUUAAAACGCAUGUAAUUAGCCCGGUCUAAAAGGGCUCAUCAACGCAGACAAAAAAUCUUUGUUUCCCAGCAGCUACCAGCCUUUAAAAACAUGCAGUGUUUAUCCUCAUUAAAUUUACAUGGGCGUUGUGGUGGCGCUUAAUCUUUGCAUUUAUGUAAACAAACCUGGGUGGUAAUGUGUACUCGUCAUACCAUUAGGGAGAAGAGAAAACACUGGAAUUAGAAGCGCUGCCUUGGCACUUGGUUGUGAAGUAGUGUUCGAGUUUGUGAUCAUGAGGAGGUCAAAGCGGACCUGCAAGGAAGUAUUUGAAUUUUUUCAUUAGUCAGAAUCAAAAUAUAUCACUCUGGAAAUAAACAAAGCAUGAUCAGAGGGUUCAUUUUGUCUGAAUCAUUCUUGUUAGUGUUGUCUUUGUUGUAAUUUGGCUGCUAAUCGUGACUCUACAGGACAGAUUAAAGUGAGUGAAAGCUGGAAGGAGCUUCAGAAAUAACUCUAUUGAAUGAAUCUACAUCCCUGAAAAAGAUCCUUUUGACCUCUGUUACAGAAACAUAAGGUGGAUCUAUUCCAUAAGCUUCGCCAUGUGAUGAAUGAGCUGAUCGACCUGCGUCGGCAGCUGAUCCAGGGUCACCUCGCCCAGGACCAGACUCGUGAGAUCAAGCGGCACAUCACAGUACGGCUGGACUGGGGCAACGAGUGAGUAACUCUUGUACUAAGUGCACCAUAUCGACAGAGUGGGCAUGCUCUACAACAAACAUUGUCUUUAAGCUGUUGUCUACCAGAGAAUGCAAUAUUUCUUUGGCAUUGGAGAGAUCUACAGCCAUGGAUGAGUGGGCGCGUAAUAGCAUCCUCUAUGAUGUAAUUUCAUGGUCAUUUAGCAGAUGAGCGAAUCCCAAGCGGCUUAAAGUCAAUGCACAUCCCCCGGGAGGAUCUGUAAAGCCAUAUUCCUACUGUUGACACUUUCUUACUCCAUCCAACUGAGCUUUGACGGGUGUUCAUGGCAGAGACAAAGAUAUGAGGGCUCCUGAACUGCAACAAAGAGCUUUUUAAGUCUGCCAGUCUAUAAGUCUAUAAGAUUGUUUCAGUGAUUUGCAGAACUAAGUUAAUAAUAUUUAGAGUAAAGCUUAAAACCUUUUUCUUUAUUUGAAAAAAGCAUGAAGUGUAGUCCUAAAUACAUGUAUUCUGCUGCCUUUAUGUGUUGAAGUUGGUGCAUUAUUAUGCAUUGGUCAGUUUCCAUAACAUUAAUAACCAAUGAAGGAUAUUUCUGAUAUUCUUUUGUAAAUUUGGGGGCCACAGAAUUCAAGAUUAAGUUUGUGGUUGAUUGCUAAUGAGUAAGCAGUAAAGAAAAGAAGAAGUAAAAAGCUCAGAAACUGCAUGGGAGGUUCAAGACUGUAAGGGAUUUGUCGCCCCAAACUACUUACGAUGCAUAGAGGUUCAUUUCAAGCUAAUGUAUUGAUAGGACUGUGAGAAGAUCAGUUUAUUUGGUUGGAUAUGUAACUCGGUAAUCUUGUGUUUGCUAUGUAAAAUCUUAAAGCAAAAGUUUGACUUUUUGGAAAACAUGCCACCUCUAACUACCACUAUUUUUUUGGCAGUCAUCAGUUGCCUGGCAACAACCAGAGACUUGGGGAAGUUAUUAUGCUUGGCCAAGAGACAGUCUGGCACGUCACCGCCUGCAGUAAAACAGCAGAAAGUUGUCUAUGUAUUUAAGUUUUUGUAUGGAUUAUAAACCCGACAUUAAGUAACUCAAAUUAAGAGCUUAAAAGGUGCUCAGGGGCCAAUUAUUUUUCUUACUUUUGGUCAGAGACAGUACCAUUUUUUAUUCCUCUUCCAGUCAGCUUGUGUCUGUUACUUUAAAGGAACUAUAAGGAAAUUAGAAAGUUCUUAAUCUUUUUAUUUCCCAAUGUUUAUGAGACAAACUUGUGAUGUGAGUUGGGAAAUUAUGGUGGAAAAAAGUUUUUCUUCAGUGAAGAAGCAGGACACCAAAAUGCUAUAGUCAAACAGCAAUGCAGUAUUUCAGUGAAUACAUUUUGUAAAUGUGUUUUUUUCUAUUUGGAAAUAUGGGAUAAAAAUGUACCGGGCUCCACUACAAAAUCCUGUCAGAUCCAGUGAUUCUUACUGGAAGAAGCCUGUCUCUCAUUUCUGAUUCCUCUGUCAACAGGCACCUCGGCUUGGACCUCGUCCCCAGAAAAGAGUUUGAAAUGGUGGAUCCGGAUCAGAUCAGCAUAUCAGAGCUAUACAAACUGGUAUGUUAAGUUGAUCACUCUUGAACUGGUGCUUCAUAUACAAUAUAUUGCAAUGAAUGAUUAAACUUGAGCAGAUGUAUAUUCUUUAAAGAUAGUAUGUAAUUAACUGUAUUUCAGCUGCAUACAAAUACUUGAGAUAUCUAUGCUGUACUUACACUUAAUAUGCUUUUUUGUGUAGCCUAGUUUUGUACAUAAGGAUGUGUUGUUGUUGUUGUAUAUGUAAAGAUGUGUGAAUGUACCGAUUAUCAAAUCAUCCAUAAGAAGGUGACUCACAAGAGAAAGCAGCACCGAGAGAAUCAGCUGUCGAAGCUGCCUCAUGUGACCUUCUCUUUAUACUUAUCCUGCCGCCAUAUUGAGUGUGUCCCUUCUUUUGCAUGCACGUGACUCUCGCAAACAUGAUUGCUGGCUAGCAAUGCAGACGUAACACAAAGCGACAGGCCCAGGUGAGGCUCCAGGAAAAUGCGCACAAAUGUAUUCUUUAUUGUUAUUUUUGGAAAAUAAAUGACAUACUUUAGAUCAGAGACAUACGAUCAUAAAUAAUUGAUUCUUUUAAAUGUAUUUUAAGUUAUAUGGGGAUUUCAAUCUAUACACACAUACACAAACACACACACACACACACACCCAGAGGAGACUUACUGAUGCAGAUCCAAUUUUAGAAAUCUGCGAUUACAGCACAGAUGUUAUGAAAUCUACUGCUGGGGAAUGUGUUCGAGGAGGGAGAUCCUUCCUGGUCAGUGGCUGAACCUCCAUAUGUUGAUCAAAACACUCCGCAAACUACCCUGCAGCCUUCCUAUUAUCCCACUGCUAUGUUUCUCAGCUUUGCACAGUGAAUGUUUGUGCACUAAAUGCCCUGUCCAGAAACAACAGCGUAGCUCCUUCUUGCCAAAAAGCCUCCUGACUCUGUCGAUGAAAGUGAGCUUGUUUUUGGCAGGGCACAAGGCUUUGGCACCUCUUCAGGUAGGGGAGUAGAGGAGUUCUUUUAGGCUGCUUAGCAGAGAGGCGUGUGUGGGCGAUACUGGCUUUGUCCUCUCCUCUCCCACACGCUCACGUUUUGCCUCGUGUGGGCUUCUUUUAGCACUGCAGAAACAGUAGUACAGCCACUCUGCAAAGCUCGUAGGUGAGAUUUUUGUCAGUUUUGAAGCAUCAGCUGAGGCAUUGCUCAUGUAGUGUGUGUCUGAAGCUGCUAUAAGGUAAAUAAGUUCAAAGCUGUAUGGGAAGAGUGGAGAAUGUACUGACUGAUCUGACAUCUCUCCUUUGUAAUUCCCUCUUUUUUGCAGCAUGUAUCCAGCAGACACUGUGGUCAGCAAAGCACAAACCAGGUAAUUUUUUUUUUCAAUGCUGUUUGUUUACAUAAUCAUCAGAAUCUUCCACCUCUUGAACUUACAUUUUAUGUUUCAUUUCAAAUACUACCUGCAAAGCCCAGAGUCAUGACACUGGCUGUCUCCUUUUGACUCCUACCGUCCGCCGCCUGAAGUCCUUUCGAGGAUUUCUGCAGCUGAACCAAGAAUAAAGCUUGGAGUCUAGAAAACACUUUAUAGUGAAUAUAAAUAGCAAGAUGUCACUGCCAGGCUCCAUUAGAGCCUCACACAAACGCUGCCAGAGUGUGAGAGUUGAAUCCCACUGGGGCCACAUAUGCUACUGCAUGUAUGUGCAAAUGGCAAUUUGAAGAACACCAGUUUGGAGACUUGUCACAAUUUGGCUUCUUAGAUGGACACAGUAUUUUAUUUAUUCAUAGUUGGCUACUUUUUGAUUGGGAAGGUCAAGCUACUGCCAAAAAAAUAGCUAAAGAGUCUUUUUUUGACAGUACCUCAGAAGUCCAACUAUGACAUCUUAGUGUUAGAGGAUCCUAUCCUUUCCCUAUAAUCGUAGACCAAGAAGACAACCCAUCACCUCCUAUCUGGAUAAGCAGAGGAUCCUUCCCCAAGGAGAGAGAAACCUUCAAGAACUUUAAAAUGUUAAUGUUUCAAAAGUAAAUUUAUAGUGAUGCUAUCUCUGUUAAAGACGUAAUUUAUAUCUGAAAUCUGACUGGGCUUCAACUAUAAUCAUAUGUUGGUUUUAAAAAAACAGUAUUACAUAUAAAUCUCAUAUUUAAACUGACAAGCAGCCACACUUCCAGCAUUUACAACUUAAAAAACAAAAAGCAUGACGUGCAAACUGUGUAACAGGUAAUGAAGAGUAUAAUGUCUUAACUCUGUAGCUUUUCAACCCCCCAAAAUACCGACAAUGAAUCAGAAGAAACUGGAAAAUCAGAGGGAAAAGGCCUGUUUCAUUUUAGUAAAACACUUUUAUUUCAAAGACAGUAAAUACAGUAUGAAAAUAAAGGUCUAAGUUAAUGGCAGAGAAAAUUAAAUCCUUGUCUACAAUUAUCAGAAUUUAAUAACUGCAAGACAGUCAUAAACAAAGUAACACAAUCUUUUGAUUUUCACUAAAAGUUUAGACUAAGUUAAGGCUUUAUCUUCUACACUUGUUAAACUUUGGUCCUCAUAACGACAGGUAUUUAAUCUGUGGCAGGGAUCCUAAUAGUAACCGAGAUCAUGAGCUUGAUGAGUGAUUAAAGGCGGCAGUCAACUAACUACUGGGACAGAUUCGCAUUUCUAACUUGUAAUAUGGAAAUCAACUUACUGGUAAUUUCACAAUAAUCAGCCACAACCAUCCAUACACGCUGGAGUCAAAUCACAUCUAUUUCCUCUUCCUUUUUUAUUUUUAACUACACCUGCUAUUUUCUCGAUAACAUUAGCUUCUUCUUUUAAACAACUUGAGGUGGCUGACUUGUAUUUGCAGCAACCACUUCAUUUGUGGUAUUAAAUGUUAAGGGUAUAACAAUAAGGGUAUAACCACAUUAGAUUAGUGGUGAACCACAUCACAGGUCAAGUCUGUACAGAAUAGAGUUGAAAAGAGUUGGAAAAAUUAACAUGAGCAAGAUUAUGGCAGUAAUAGGUUCUGAAUGUAGGUUUUGAUAAAUUUUUCAAUCUCUCUGCCCUGAAACUGUCUUCUACACAGAAAGUCAGUUACUUGGUUUCUCUCACGACAAGGACCAGUCUUACCAAGGGUCACUUUCUUCUUUGUUCCCAGGGUGACAGCAUGAGACAGCGCCAUGGUGACGGUUGCCGUGUCCCCGUGUCGCACCACCUCUUCAUCAACCUGAAGAGCUUUACUUACAACAGCAUCAGUGAGGAUGCAGACGUCUUCUUCUCUCUGUACGACACUCGUGAAGCCAAACAGAUCAGGUACGGCAGGAGUCUCUCAGAGCGCACGAAACAGCCUACGAUGACCCCUGCGAACAUUCGCACUGACACACCGGCAAUCCACACAACUCCGCAAACUUUUUCUGACCCGCAGAUUGAUUGAGAUACACUGUGUUGGCAGAAACUCUAACACUCUGAGCUGACUUGUUUUGCAGUGAGAAGUUCAUGGUGAAACUCAACAAAAAUGGAGGACCAAAGAAUCCGGAGAAAGUUGAUCGUCUGUGUGCUCUCUUUACGGUAACAAAGACAUAAUCCUUUCUUAAAAUAAAUACAAGUAUUUUCUAAAUAAAUGAAUACACUUGGAAUAACAGAAUUAUGUUACAAUUUUCCUUUCUCUCCUCAGGACCUGAGCAGUAAAGACCUAAAGAGAGACCUUUAUAUUGUUGCACAUGUCAUAAGAACUGGUAAAAGCACCAUUUGCAAAAACAUGAUCAAAUUUUAGAGUUUAAUAACAAAUAUUUAAAGAUCUCCUUCAUUCCUUUUUGUUUACAGGUCGUAUGCUGCUAAAUGACUCAAAGAAGGGCCCACCUCAUGUGCAGUACAGACGACCUUAUGGCUGCGCUGUUCUCGCCAUGAGUGAUGUUUUCCACACCAUCACAGACCUCAAAGAAGAGAAGGACUUUGUGCUUAAAGUUUAUACGUGAGUGUACAAUUCAAACUCCCCUUCUUGAUUUCAUGAUUUAAGCACCAAAGAGGAUUUCAUUUUGCAUUUUAAAGCAUCAAACAGCUUAAAAAAUGAUGUUAACACCCUUAGUUGUUCUUGGACGUUUAAUCACAUUUGUACAUUUGAAAAUUGACUCACACUCUUUGCAGUAAGAUGAGAAUUUGUGAAGGUUCUGCGGAUGUCUUGCAUGACAACUUGGCGUUCGCUGUUGAUGCCUGGCAUGUUUUGACCAGAAUGAUAAUGAAGUGUCCUCUGGAAAAUCAAUAGCUUCUCACCCUGGGCCUGCGAUAGGGCACUUGGCGUGUUGUGAAUCUGGCUGCCUCUGUUAGGCUUCACCACGGAGAGCCACUCCUGUACGCCGGCCAACCCCAGCGAAGGAAAGAGGCACAGAGAAGGAGAAGGGAAGAGGCAGAGAGGGAGAUGACACUCAGAUAAUUGAGCAAAGUUAGAGGACAAAGCGAAAUAACACCAAGCUCAGCAUUUUCUCUCGUAGAGUCAACAGCUUGAAUGUCUCCUUGGGUCUGCGCUGUCCUUUUCAGCGCUCAGGGUCAAAGGUCAAACAUACACUUUACCAUCCUGUCGAGUGACAUUUUUCUGGUGUGCUAUUUUCAGGAUAACUGCGCGGCUCAGUGUGAAAUACAGACUUUUAGGAUAGAAAGCUGCCUAUUUCAUUGGAUUUCUCGUGCUGAGGCUAAGAGCUCUUCCCUUUUUAAAAAAGCAAGCAGUGAUUCAGUGCUGAGCUGCCUCCAAACUGUCGACUCCUAUAAUGCUCCAGUCUGUGCAUUUCCCCAUGCCAUCCCAGGGGCCUUUGGGCCCACAGUAAUGAAAAAGGCUGGUAGAGAGCUGGCUGUCAGGUUUGCUUAGUGAGCUGUGCAUUUGGACUAAUGUGCUGCUUGAUAGCACCUCCCCCCGCUGCUACCUUUUCUCCAGGAGGAAAUCGUCUCUGGGACACAUGCUGUUCGUGCAGUCCCCAUGCGCUCAAUCCUGAUCCCUCCAUCUGGGCCCACUAAUGGGAGUGUUGUUAACAGCCCUGCCCAACUGUUUCUCUCUCUCUCCAGAUGUAACAAUGAGAACGAGUGGUACCAGGUACAUGAGAACAUCAUCCGCAAGUCCAACACCAAGUACUCUGCUCCGAGCACCAACUAUGGUAAACAUGAUUGAUCUCUCACCCGUUUGAUUUCUUUGGGGUUAAAGUUUGAUCUUUCUUGCUCUUGGUGUGGAAAAUUUCAUGGUAGUCAAAAUUUGUCGCUAAGGUAUGAAUCUGAAUGAGUGUUUACAGAGAUGAUGUUACUUAAGGACAGUUGCAAACAGAUGUUGUGACUUCUCUAAGAAUGGGGGAAUAUCCAAUUCUGGUUUUGAGUUCAAAACUUUUGCCCAUUUUUUGAGAGUCAUGCUGCGUUUGAGUUACCUCGGAAUGAUGUCACACCUGUGUUACCAGCAUUUCAGUUACCAAGUCGAAAAAGGCAAAAUCGGAGGCGGAAACAAGAUGGCUACAUCUAAAAGUUAUUUAGCGCUUGCCUCGUCCAAACACAACAAGGACAUGGUCAGCUCUAAAAUAACUGUCGUAGAUGUAGCCAUCUUGUUUCCGCCUCUGAUUUUGCCUUUUUUCAACUUGGUAACUGAAAAGCUGGUUACUCGGUGUGACGCCAUUUUCAGCUCCGACAUCUGACUUCUGAGGUAACUCGAACACAGCAUUAUGCUUCAAUCCACAGUUUCUCUGCCUACAACAAACAACUGUAAAUGUCUCAAAGCUGAGUCAAGAUUACUUCAUGUCUGAAGGAGUUACUGUUAUCUUACUUUGUACAAGAAAAGGGUUAAAGCAAUUUAAGGAGUAUUUUCUUGAUUAGUCAUUUGGUGUGUGAAGUGCCGAGUAAUUUUGCCCUAGGUUAAUGUCUCUAAAUUGGUCUUUACUGUGAAAAAGUCAAAGGAUAUUAAGUUUUGUAUCUUGCAGCUGGACUAGCCAUUUUUUUUGCACAAUGAUCAACUAGAAAUGCGAAUCUCAAGAUUUUAUUUUCGUGGCUAAAUGCAUCUUGAUUAUCUUAUUUUUCUCUCUUUUUGCUCCAUCACAGAUUAAUGGUGUUUUUUCAUUCUCCAAAUUUGCCAGAAAUUAUUUCUGUCCCUCAAUUUUGCCAGAACAGAAAAUAAAAUGUGUAAUAAUUUAUCUGGAUAUGACUCAAAUCACAGUUUGCUUCUGUACAAAUAAGAUUCAAAAUGAUCACACUUGGGAGGAUCACAUGAAAUAACCUCACAUCACAGGUUAUCUGUCACUAUGGUGAUAAUUGUCCAAGAGUAAGAGCACAUUUUGCUUAUGUGCUGGCGAGUGUUAAAGAUGAUACAGGUCUCCUGGUCUUGGUGUUACAUAAUCUCGCCUUGUGAAUUUAAAAUGGCCUCACUGUAAGCGUGAACUCUCCUUAUUCACUGUUACUUCGCUCUUUAUGAGCGCGUCACAGUUUGAUAGAUGACUCAUGCCUCACAAAAAUCUGUCACUACAUUUGUACCCAUAUUUUUCCUCGCCUUUUUGCGUAACUUCAACACCACUGUUUUCUUCUCCCUCCCUCUGUUCCUCCCUGACUUGGAUCACGUCUCUCCAUCCUCUCCUCUCCUCUCGUCUCCUCUGUCUGUCUUCUCCUCCCCCACAUUCUGACUAAUGUCCUUUAAAUACCCCUCUGUCCCUCCCUUCUCCCAUCUCCACUUUCAUUCCUUCAAUUCCACUUUCCUCCCACUGCCCUGCACCUCUUCAUUUGCCCUUUGCCCCCAUUUACACUCACAUUUAUGCCCUUCUUCCCCCCGUCCCCCGCCCCCCUCCAGGCCUGAUCAUUUCCCUGCAACUGCUGCGGGGUGAGCUGGAGCAGAUCAGAAGAGAGAACCAGGCGGUGUUCAACAGGGCCCUGGCACUCACACGCAAACUGGGUUUCCCAGAUGUCAUCCUGCCAGGUAAGGAGGCAAAGAGCAGGAGGCGGUAAUGGGGGCAGAGAGAUUCAGAGAAGGAGGUGGAGGCGAGAGGCCAGAUGGCUCAGAGGAAUGAAAAGAGGGGAAGGUCACGGAUCAGGUUAUAGAGGAUGGAGAGGAAGGAGGACAGGGAGAGAGGAAAAGGAUGUAAGAAGAAAAGGUGAGAAAACUCUACAGGAAACAGGCGCAGAAGAUGUCAGAGAGAGAAAAAAAACAGGCUUUAGUGUUAAGAAAAUGUAAACUACUACUCUAAUGUGCCCAUUGUGUACUUUAUAAACAUUAAUGUGUCAUAUUAAGCCCAAGUUUAUGAUUAUUCUUACUCUCCUGACCAGAAUUAAAACAUGAAAUUAAUUAUAACAGUACAGACUGUUCAGUAACAGUGUCUGUGUCACUCAAGUAAAGUGGCAUUUCUCCUAAAAAUGUGUUAAAUGUUCCAUUUUAAUAACCGGGCUAAAAGACACUCAAUGUUACAUAUUUAUCAAAAAGCUGGAGGAACAGGUCCAAAACACAAAUUCAGUUAAUCUUCUUUAAUUUGCCACUUUAUCCUCACUUUAGGUCUUAUAUUCCCUCUCUGUGGAGAGGUGACUUUGCAUGACGUACAAUCCAAAUCUCUCCUUAUUUAUCCUCCUCUGUUGUCUGUGGAGACUCUCUGUCUGACACAGGUGAUUUCAGGUUCUGUUUCUUUAAGGACCCUUCUGUACAAGUCUUCUUUCCUCUAACUGGCCAGAUCUCAGAAGCUUGGGCACAUCCUUUUGCCACUGUGCCUUGGGCAAAUGACUAAAACUGUGUCCCAAUUCAAGGUUAGCAUCCUUUGAAGGACCCAGCCUUUGUAGUCCAUCGGGGUCAAACUGGACUGGGAAGGUCUGGUCUUUGGAGGAUUUCCUGCUCAUGUUACCAGCUGUUCCUUCACUCACUCUGUCAUUACUCCUGUCACCUAGCAACCUACAGAGCUGAACCAGAGCUAGAUAACAUGGUUUACGUCGCGGGAUUUCACCUCUUAUAACUUAUAUUGGUGACAUAAAGAUCCAAGAGCCAUUUGGUCAUUGUAACGGUUAUAUAUCACCUGCUGUCCACCAUCCUAUUUGAAUGGAAAGAAAUGAGUCAUGGGAUAUGUUGGGUCACAAGGGAUCCUUUAAGUCUGGAAAAAUCUUAAAGAUGGGACUAUCUUUGAUGCACAACUUUAACACAACUCGAAAUGUGUCCUUUAAAGAUGUAGCCCCCAGAGCUGAUGUAGGGGGGCACAUGAUUUAGUGAUGUCAGAGAAUCUCCAAGGUGUGAAAAAACUCAAAUUCAGAACAGCCUACAAACUGACUGCUGAAGAUUAAAGGGAUAUUCCAGCGUAAAAUUAAGUUAGGGUCAAAUACAAAGUAACACCAAGUUAGACACCCUGUCGAAGAUGAAUGUUGCCGACCGCUUGCUUCUCUUUAGUUCUCAACUUUAGUAACGACCGUAGAUAGCAAUACAGAGAGCCAUGCACUCAACCAAAAAGCCACUCUAUAGGCACAAAUAAUGCUCAGGAUAGCACUUAACUUCAUCAACAGUACAUAGAGGGUCCCAGCCAUAGCACUAGCCACCAAACACUUUUUUUUGCUUUGCCUGAUUUCUUUGGUAAAGAGACCAAACACAACUCACCCACUCUCUUCCAGCAGCUGCUUGUUUUCCAUCGACUGCAGCGGGGUGACACAGCUCAAGGAAGAACAUUUAUGAUCAUUAAUUCAUCAUUCAGGUAGAAGAACUACCGUGACUGCAGGGCAAAAUGAUUAAUAUGAUCAUUAUUACUUCAAAGAAAUGAUAAAGUUAUGAUCAUAAAUGUUCUUCCUCGGGCUGCGUCCCCCCAGCUGCAGUCGAUGGACUGGCGCGGAGGUCUCCAUACAAACAAGCGGCUGCUGGAAGAGAGUGGGUGAGUUGUGUUUAGUCUCUUUCUUAAAGAAAUUAGGCAAGGCUAAAAAGAUGUUUGGUGGCUAGUGCUGUGGUUGGAACCCUUUAUGUACUGUUGAUGGAGUUAGGUGCUGUUCUGAGGAUUAUUUGUGGCUUUAGAGUGGUGUUUUGGUUGAGCGCAUGGCUCUUUAUAUUGCUUUUUGCUGUUGUGUUGGACCCUAACCUAAUUUUACACUGGAAUAUCCCUUUUUAAGGAGUUGCCUGGACAUCAGGUUACCCUCUGAUAUGAAACUAGUACAAUUAUCCAACAUUUGAACAAUAAAUGUAUCACUGAAAAUAAGGAAGAGCACAACAACCUCUCUUUAAGUUUCUGCCUCAAGCCUUUUAGAUGCAGCUGAGCCUCUCGAUUAGAAACCCUAAAUUUACUAACCCUGUAUUCACUUGUCAGCCUUGAUGCACAUUUAAACAGCUGCAACAGUAAACUGCCAUCUUACAAAUUGAUGCAUUUAAUAAUAAUGAAAACUAAUAUCAUCAUCCCCAAGGCAACAGUCUUCUGCCAAGCCGGUGUUCAUAGAGGGAUGUUUUAUUAUUUCAGUGAGGAUCUGAAUAGUUCUUAAACAACAAGUAUUUUGGAGAGUCUCAGUCCGUCACUCUCUAUUUGCUUGAGAUCUGCAUUUAGGUCAGGUGCUGAGUAAAUGAUGAUGUAGAGCAGAGGUCUUCAAAGAUAACUGGAGGAGAGAUAGAAAGGAAGAGGUGUGUGUUUAUUUCUGUAUAUUUCAUCAGCUUUAAGUUGCUCUGCUUUUUGUCUGCAGAGAGUGUAAAAUCCUUUUUUCUUUCUAAUCCUCCUCCUGUCUCCUCUUCUCUCCACUCUCCUUAUUCCUCUCCCCUUAUCUCCUCUUCUCCUUUCCACCCCCUAUUUCUUUUCUUUCUCCUUCUCCCCUUUCUCCUCUCCAGCUCCUUCCCAGUUAGCCUGAAAUACCUCCCAAUAUCAACUCUUGUGACUCAUCUGUCCCCAAGGAAAUGACUUAGAUAUAAAUAACCAUAAUCUGAUUUUAUAAAUAACUGCAAUAUCUUCCUCUGCUGUUGCCACUGAUAUUUAUUUCAUUAAACACUGACCUCGCAAAAGGUGCUGAGGCAGUCAUGGGCCACAGUGUAUCGCAACUCAGCGGGGUCAUUUUUCAUUGACUAGAGCAAUGUCGUGUGGUGCACAUCUUCGCCUGCACAGAGGCUUAAUUUAUGUUGACCACUCUCAGUUCAUCCGUGCAACAGAGGCUGACGUGUACAUUAUAACUUAUUUACAUCGCAGAGGCAGGAGACAUAGUUGUUGUCAUAGUCUGAGACUUUCUGAGAUGUACUCGGCCUGUUGUGGUGGGUAACAUUCAACCUCCAGAGAGGCUAAGACAGUGCUGCAGGGCAAUGAAUUCACCCAUGACAUCUUAGCGAGCUUGUCAAGCUUAAACAAGUGCAAGGAAAAACUGCAGCAGAAUUAGAAGUAUCCUCUCUCAUGUCAAACCCUGACAAUUGUUAAUUCAAGGUGUAGGAUGAAAGUGUAUCUAAAUUGUGCGGAUUUACUCAUUUAGCCUCAAGCAAAGUGGAGGAGUGGACUAUGGGGGUAUGAGCACUUCUCAAUCCAGAACUUGAAAAUGGCAGAAGAGCUGGACUCAAGCUUUAGUUCGCACCAUGGUAAAAUCACCCCAGUGGUCACUUAUAGUAUUGCAAUUUCCAGUCAAACAGUAUUUGUUCCGUAAGACACCAAAGAUAUCCGUAAAGCUUUCUACAUCUGACACAAGCAGGAAGUAGUCCAAAUUUUUGAACAGGGGUGUCAUAAAGAAUGUAGUAGAGAAAAGUAAAGAAAUGUGAAAUGCAACUUUUUAGAAAAACAGCCAAAUUAGUUGAUGUUAACAUAAAUAUUGCCACAAGCAGAUUUCAAGUCAUGGUUAGCAAAUUAAGGUGGCACCAAAUGAGCUACUGCCAACAUUGAAUCCCCCUGCACAUAUGGUCAACUGGUACACACUGAGAGAUGUUAUUCAUGAUAAAACUGGGAUCUCUAGAUGCCUGUACAUGUGGAAAUCUAGAGAUCCCAGAGGUUUUAAAUGUAUUUUUUGCUUUUGUUUCUGGUGUGUCAUUCACCCAAGCGCCAUUUUUGAGUCCUUGUUCUUCUUAAAACAUCAUCCUGUGAUUUAAGGGAUAGUAAGGCGUCAUCCGCAUAUAUGUUUUUUUUUUCUUUUUUGCCCAUAAAGACAUGUAACUGAUGUUAAUAUGUUCUCCUUUGAAUUUCUUCUUCGUAAUUACUAUAGGUGACACACGCAAUGACCUGUAUCUGACCCUUGAGAGGGGGGAGUUUGAGAGGGGCGGCAAGAGCGUCCAGAAGAACAUCGAAGUAACGCUCUAUGUACUCUACGCUGAUGGGGACACACUCAAAGUAUGACGCAUAUGCACAUGCAUUUUCCACUUCCCUAUCAGUAAAAUAUAGGUCAUGAUGAGUGUACACUUGAAUAAGAUAAAUGUUAAAGGUGGAUGUAACUAAAAGCAAUCUUCCAUGCUGCUUCUCUCCUCAGGAUUGCAUCAGUUUGGGCAGCGGCGAGCCCAAUACGAGUGAAUAUCGCUCUUUCGUCCUGUACCACAACAACAGCCCUCGCUGGAGUGAGAUGGUCAAGCUGCCAAUUCCCAUAGACCGUUUCAGGGGGUCUCACCUACGUUUUGAGUUCAGACACUGCUCCAGUGAGUCAGAUCUGCACCCCAGUGACUGUCAUCCCUCAGCACACGAGUUCAUUAGGACACAUUUGGAUCACAGUCUGAGUUUUGGCUGUGGGGAUACAGUUUGAUGAUGCAUGAUGUGCUUCCUUUCAGCUAAAGACAAAGGAGAGAAAAAACUGUUCGGUUUUGCUUUCACUCCUCUAAUGAGGGAAGACGGGACGACACUUUCGGAUGAGAGCCACGAGCUGUAUGUUUACAAGGUAUGUGCAGGUUGAACACACACGUUUUAGGAGACAAUUACACACUGUCAACAAAAAAACAGUUACAGUAGACAAAUGUUGAAUAUUACCUUGCUAUUGAAAUGUAUCCCCAAAUAAAAGACUCAUUUAUUUGCCUGUUAAACUUUGAUUUUUAUCUCUUUAGCUUCUUAGUGAAAGGUUGAGUGCGCUGAGAGCUCAGGCUGUGGAGCAGUGUUUGUUUAUGAUGGGUGUAGGGGGUGUCCCACGAUGGGAUUAGAGUGACUUUUUGUUUGUAUUUAUCACAUAAUAAAUCCAACAUCACUCUGUUUGCACACAGUAUUUACUCUGAUAGCCGGGCUGCCCUCAGUGACUCAACUGUAUCAUUAAAGGGUUUUAUCUUAAGGCUUCAGUUGGCAUUUUAGGGCCUGUGACAUAGUUUUUUUUUCCCUCUGAAUACACGACCAAUCAAGAACUCAAUGAAAACACUAAACUUUGAGCUAUGUAGAGCUGUAUUUUCUAACAGCAAGUUGCCAUUUUUUAGCAUGCUGAUGGACAAUUUGGCUGUUUGCAAUCAUGGCAAAGUAUUCAUGUGUGCUAAUAUGCUAAGGCAUUAUGCUACAGCACAGGAACACCUCGCAAUGACUCUCCUUUUACUCCAAACUUCCUCUAAAAUUCGACACAUCUCUUUCCUUUUGCUUCCAUAUUUUAAGUGUGAUGAAAAUGCCACCUUCAGUAACCAAGGUCUGUACUUGAGCCUGCCCUGCUGUAAAGAAGACUUCAACAGCUGUCCAAACCUGCCGGCAAACCUGCCCUUCCAGAGAAGCCCCAAAGAAACCUUCUGGGUCUCUACGAUACUCUGCUCCACCAAACUCACACAAAACGGUAAUCUAACACCUCGCAUGCUCAGUUUAGUUUAUCUUCACCUCCUGUUUGAUGUUCUCCAUUUCAGUUUGAUUUUCUUCUUCUUUUAGUCGACCUUCUGGCUCUUUUGAACUGGAAGGCCCAUCCAGACAGGGUGUUGGACAUCCUCGGACGAUUACGCCAGAUAAGCGGAGAGGAGAUUGUCAAGGUCACUUACACCUCACUAUUUAUAUGAUUCUAAAUUCACAGUAGAAAUAACUAAAAGUAAAAAAUCUGAUAUUGUGUAAAACACAGAUCACACUCUGAAGUUGACACAUAAUCGUUUCAGAAUUUUAAAAAGGUUUUGUUAUUUUGUUUCGUGAUAAAGGGGCUACCCUUUGUUUCUAUUUUGGUUGCGAGGAAGGCUUUUCAUGUGACGGUUGCACUGAGUAUUGUUCUUUUUUUUUCUCUCCUCACAGUUUUUGCGAGAUGUCCUGGAUACGCUUUUCUGUCUUUUAGAUGACAACACAGAUAAAUAUGGGCCGCUGGUUUUCCAGUCACUGGUAGGAGACUUGAAGGAGCGCAGCUACUGUAUGAUUUAUUUCGCCUGUAAGCAUAGAAAAUGAGCAUAACGCCUAUUUUUACCUCUGUGUGUGUGUUGUGUUUAGGUGUUUAUCAUUAACCUGCUCAGGGACAGCCGUUUCUACCACUUCAGACCCGUCAUGGACUCCUACAUCCAAAACCACUUUGCAGGAGCCUUGGCGUACAAGUACAAAAACAUUCACUUACUCUUUUCUCUGAGAAAUGUUCAAAGCAAACACGAAAAUAAGAGCCUGAUGUUUUUCACUUCAAACCUGCAGAGAGCUGAUCCGAUGUCUGAAGUGGUACAUGGACCGCUCUGCGGAGGUCGUGCGACAAGACCACAUCCAGGAAGCCAUGAGGGUAGAGUAUCACACACACAUAUCCUCCCUUGUCUGUCCUGUCUCUUUAAAUGGGAUCAAUUUGUAAGACUUGAGGAAACGGCCAUGCAGGAGAGCUGAUAAGGAGUGAAGUAAACCUUGCAAGCCUCAGUGAGUGCUGAAAGCUUGGUAGCUGUAAUAAAAAUUAAAAAUAAUGAUAACAAUAAUACAUAAUUUUUGAUGCACUUUACAUUUGAAACAAACCUCAAAGUGUCACAAAUGAACAAAAGCUUAAAUUAAGAUAAUAAAAACAACACAGAUGAGAAAAAAAAGAAGAAGCAUUCAAGGUUGAUUUGUCAGGACACAUCCGUCAGGUAAAAAUGCCGUUUUUAAGAGAGGAAGGCUUUGCGUUGUUUUGCAAAAAGGUUCUGCAGUCUGUGGGGCCCUCAGGUGUUCAGGAAGAGCAUUCCAAGGGCAGGGAGCAAUGGAGCAGAAAGCCUGAUCCCCCAUUGUGAAGAACAAAGUCUUGGGGGUAUGGAGAUGAUUGCAGGUGCUUGUCUGAGUUUGUUGUGGUGGUUUCAGGGAGGGAUUCUUUAAGGUUGGGGGGUGGGGGUUGCCAUGGAUGCAGAAUCAGAAAAAACAAAUGGUGCAAAACAAUGGUAAUAAAUAAAUGCUAAAAUGAAAGCCUUUUAAAAACACAGAGAUCAGAAUAAGAAAAGAAAAGUAAAAUGCAGAAAUAUAUACAGAGUAUAUACAAAACAGGAAUGAUAUGAAAACCCAAUUAUUGCACAGUGAAGCCCAGUAUUAUUGCACAGUUAAAUGAUACAUUUAUUGCACUGUGAUCAAUGUGAUCAGUAUAUAUGUUGGUUGAAGGGGACAGGUUGUUAUUGACUGCAGUGAUAGCUCUCGGGAAGAAGCUCUCCCUGGGUCUGUUGGUCCUUGUUUUGUCUGACCUGUUACCAUCGGCCCGACGGUAACAGGUCAAACAGGUGAUUUGCGGGGGUGGUAGGAGUCUUUGAUGAUGUUGCCAGCUCUGCUCAAGUAGCAAGAGUUGGCAAUGUCCUCCAGGCUGGGCAAAGGGGAAGCCUGUGAUCUUCUGGGCUGUGCAGGAUGACCCUCUGUAGCGCCCUCACCGAUAAGGAGGGAACUCUGCAGUGGAUGGGAAUCAAGUGUAGGACAGGGGGAGUAUGUAGGAACUUUGGCAGGCCAUUGCAAGGGAUGUGGAAUAUGUUGCAGAGAUGAUCCUCCCUGUGGAUGAGUGAGGGCUGCAGAAGAAGGAGCUCUUGCACAGAUGUUUAUUGUGUGCAUCAAAGGUCAGGUUAGGGUCAGAUUUUACGCUUGGGUUAGUAGUCAGUGAUGAAAGCAGACUGUUCUGGCCGGAGAAGGACAAACUGCAGAAAUCUCCUAAACGCUGCUGUUUGUCUUAUCUUGUCGUCUUGAAUUUACUUUUCCACAGAGACUAAGUGGAGAGGUUUUGCGUCACAAAACCUGAAAAUCGAAGACAAACAAGAUUUUCUGUAUUCAUCGCUCAUUGCUUAUUUAUUGUCAGAGUGCACGCUGCUGACUGUGUGUCUCUGUCUGCUUCCUCAGGCUUUAGAGUACCUUUUCAAGUUCAUCGUCCAGUCCCGUAUCCUGUACUCGAGAGCCACCUGUGGGAUGGAGGAGGAGCAGUUCAGGGCAAGCAUCCAAGAGCUCUUCCAGUCGAUCCGCUUCGUCCUGAGCCUGGACAGCCGCAGCUCAGAGAACCUGGUUUUCACGCAGGUCAGACACCUCAUAACAAACAUAAUCACUCUCUCAUUUUUAUCUUUUUGUUAUACAUGUGUUUAAUUUCUUUUUCAUCUAUUAAGUUAGCAUUCUUGAUUUAUUUUUUGUGUUUUCCUUCUUGUUUUAUUCUUCUUAUUUAUGACUUUUUUUUAAUUUCUCAAUUAUGCCACCAUUUGUUUUUCUCAUCCCAACUGUUACACCAUCCUUUGGCUUGCUCUCGGACAAUUUAGGUGUGUGAGCAGCUGCAUGACUGUCUGUGGUUUUACUGUGAGGCUCUCUUCCAUCAGCGUAAGUCACAGUGCCUCCUUGUGUUGGUUUCACAAUACAGCAGAGGCCGCGCAUCCAUCGGUCUAUUUAGAGGGGAUGAUGCAUUGUUCAGCACCAUAACAGAUAUGCAGUUGUUGUUUUUUUUUUCCUUUGCAGUGGUACAUUAAAGACUAAACAGAGAGAAACUGAGUGAUAAUAUAAAAGAGAUGAAUUGUCGCCCUUUAUUAAAGCUUUGUGCUCCUUUUAGAAGAUGAAUAUGAGGCUUUGUUUGUUUGCAUCAAUCAGAGAAGACUUAUAAAUUGUCUUCAUAGUUGAGUUUUCAAACAUGUUAAUCUGGAUGUGCGCUACAUAUCUCGUCCUUUGUUCCUCCCCGCAGGCGGCACUGUUGAACAGCUUCCCUGAUAUCUUUGAUGAGCUGCUGCAGAUGUUCACUGUUCAGGAGGUAGCCGAAUAUGUCAGGGGCACCCUAGGGAGCAUGCCCAGCACUGUGGACAUUGGUCAGUCCAUGGAUGUAGUCAAACUCCAGUCUAUUGCCCGCACAGUUGAGAGUCGUCUCUUCUUCUUCCCUGGUGAGAUUAAAGCCAAGUUAGUUUUUAAGAUAUGGAAGAACCUUGUUAGUAAAAAUGUGCAUGCAGUUUUAACAGAGUUGUUCUUACUUUCUUUCCUACAGAGUCUCGGAGUAUUCUGCUGCCGGUGGUUCUGCAUCACAUUCACCUGCAUCUACGCCAGCAGAGGGAGCUGCUCAUCUGCUCCGGGAUCUUAAGCAGCAUCUUUUCCAUAAUUAAGACGAGCUCCAUGGUAGAUUUCUUGUUACUAUGCAAUAAAAUGUAUUUUCAAUUAAACGUCCUCUGUGAUUACACCAAAGAAUAAAACUGAAACAGGGAGGAUGAUAUAGAAUGACCUUUUGAGAAACACUGGCUUAAGGCAGUGCUGCUGCAGCAUUUCUGCAUCCCUGUUAUUAAAUCCCUCAUCCCCCGCUUCCCUUCUCCGUGCUCUUGUGUAUCAGGAAUCUUCUGUUCAGGAGGAGGUGGAAAUGAUGGUGGAGAGCCUUCUGGAUGUGCUGCUGCAGACUCUGCUGUCCAUUAUGAGCAAGUCUCACUCUGUGGAGACAUCCAGGGGACAACGCUGUCCCCAGUGCACCGCUGAGAUAACGGUAAGCUUUUUCUGCUUGUGCCACUUUGACGUGAAUUAAAAACAGGUGGGAUUAAGGGAAUAUUUUGAGUUGAUUAACCUUUAAAGUACAUCUGCCGGUAUUUGUCAUUUUUUCUCUCACACAGGGGGAGUAUGUGUCCUGUCUUCUUUCUCUGCUGCGGCAGAUGACAGAGAUCCACUUUCACCAUCUAUUGAACAACUUUCACAGCAAGGAGGAGCUGAAGGUGGGAAACUCUGACUCACAGAGAUGAGUAUGAUUGCAGCAUUUUGCAGCAGCCGGCUCACUACAUACCUUGACUGCAUCGCUUUCUUAAUAUAUUCUUCGGCAGGAGUUCCUGUUGAAGAUCUUCUGCGUGUUCCGCAACCUAAUGAAACUGACUAUCUUCCCCCGAGACUGGAGUGUCAUGAGGCUUCUAACGAGUCAGUGAGUUCUGCUUUUACAUUUCUGUCAUGCAGUCUUUGUCCUGAAGACGGUAAGGGAAUACAGCCAACCAUUAGAUCAGACCCUCUCUAGAUAAUCCUGCGCUGAAGGUGACGCUUGUGUUGCAAAUCUUUUUAUCUAUUUUUGGCAGCUACUUCCUUUGGUAAGCUGAUAGUGUAAUGUUUGCUUUCUGCAGUAUCAUCGUGGUGACAACACAGUUCCUGUCUCCGGCGCUGCACAAGAACUUCUCAGAGGCGGAUUUUGAUUUCAAGGUGUGUGUCUGAACCGCAAAGACGGACUUUCAGGAAACACUAAACCACCAUGAACUUACAAAAUAUCACUUUGCGUUCAUUUCUAUUAUUUGAUUCCUGAAAUAUUGCUUCUCUGUGUAGGUGUGGAACUCCUUUUUCAGUCUCACUGUACUGUACAUCAACCAGCCUAGUCUGCAGCUAGAGGCGAUUGGCCCGGCUAAGAGAAAGAAAAUCCUCGACAAGUAAGAAACUUUCGUAUUUUUCUAUCCCACAUGUUAAAUACUUGACGAACAAAUUCUUGUUGAUUUUGGGAACUUCUCUUUUCUAGGUAUGGCGAUAUGAGGGUGAUGAUGGCGUAUGAGCUCUUCAGCAUGUGGCAAAAAUUAGGUACGUUAGUCCACUUUGAAGAAAAAGACGACGCCUAUCAUAACGAGACUAAUGCAUUUGGAUUUACAUGAUUUUUAUUUAUCGAUUUUUUUUUUAAAUUCAUCGCAUCUUAUUAACUUAAUCCCAAAAAUAAAAAUUUAAAUAAUAGAAAAAUGUAUCAGUGCAAAUUUAAAAGAACAGAAAAAAACAAGUUCGUAACAAAACAACACAGGCACAAAGACAGACACAGUUUCUACGCAAGUAUGGAAUUAAAUUUGAUCAAUUUCCAGGUCUUAGAAAGUAUGGUAAAUGAAAAAUAAAAUAUGGAAAAAUAUUGAGGUUUCCAGACUAUUACCACAGUAAAAAAAAAGAUACUGUUUUUUUAAAAUAGAAAAGGAGGUAAUUACAAAAAUAAUUCUAAAAAGUAGGGUAUGGAGAAGUAUGGAAAUUCCAACUGUGUCGGAACCCUGAACAGACCACAGUACUUCCCCAUAGAUCAUACAUCUACAUAUGUAUUUGUUCACACAUGCACUGAAUUAUUACACCUCUAACAGCAGUAAUAGUAAUUGUAAUUGUGUAUGUCAAAUAAAUCAAUUUUGAAUGCAGCGUAAGGAUGAACAUAGUGAGUGCUGAGUGUAAACAAAGAGAGGUAGAAAACAAACCAGCUAAAAAGGGAGUAAGGAGAGAAACAUUAGAGUGGAAACUGCUUAAAUAAGCCCAGGCCCAAUAAACCUCGGUAAAUACAAUUCCCCUAAUGUCCUUUCCAAAUCUGCCCAGUGGCUCCCAGUCCAGGAAUCUUAACCAAUCAGCAGAGAGAGCAAGACGUGACAAAUGAACAGAAAAUCGAAUAGCUUAUACGUCUACAUAUCCAUCUGCACAGUCUUUGUGUACAAACACCUACACAAAUCACACCCACCAUUUCUCUCUACACUCUUUAGCUGCGUUUGGCUUUUAAUAGAAGUUACAACAUUGCUGUUGUUUUCUAUGUGAAUGUGUGUAGGAGACAACAAGCCCCACUUCAUUCCAGGAAUGAUGGGUCCCUUCCUCGGCGUCACCCUGGUGCCUCAGACUGAGGUUCGAAAUAUCAUGAUCCCCAUUUUCCACGACAUGAUGGAUUGGGAGCAGAGGAAAAACGGCAACUUCAAGCAGGUCAUAAUGACGUUAUUAUGUAAUGAACUGCAGAUUGUGUGCCUCAGCAGUUGUUGUGGAAAAAAGAAAAAUUCGGACAGCUUUUUGGCACCUAACACACCCCGAUGAUUUGGCUGAAUAUGUGUGCGCUUGUGUAGGUGGAAGCAGAGCUGAUGGAUAAGCUGGACAGCAUGGUGUCGGAUGGGAAAGGCGAUGAUAAUCACAGAGAGCUCUUCAGCCUUUUGUAAGCACCAAAUUCAUGUUUAGUGAGCUUGUGAAGUGAUGCUCAGAAUAAUGCUGCUCUCGUUGCGUUUUCAACUAACAUACCUCUCUCUGUGUUGUCAUCACAGGACUCAGCUGUUUGGUCCUUAUCCAAGGUAAUGUGUAAUGCCUCUCAGCUUAGACUGUGACACAUUUUGAUUCAUGUUUACUGUGCUCGUCGACUUCUUCAGGACAAACAUCUUACUACUUUUUUUUUUUCUCUCUCUAUGCAGCCUGCUGGAAAAAAUCGAGCAGGAGACUUGGAGAGAGACCGGGAUCUCAUUUGUCACAUCGGUUACAAGACUUGUUGAGCGAUUAUUGGACUACAGGUAUGCAGGGAAAAAAAAGAAAUGUAAUGUUCGGACAAUGAAGAGAAAAUAAUCGAUGUUUUUUGUUGUUUUAAGGGACUGCAUGAAGGGAGAUGAGAUGGAGAACAAGAAAAUUGGUGGCUCUGUCAACCUCAUGGUGAGAUAUUCUCAAAGAACAGGAUUUGAGAACGAUAUUGACAAAUGUUUCUCCACAUGAUAUAAUAUUCCAACUCUUCUUUUCUUUCUGAUUUUGUCACAGAACUUUUACAAAUCUGAAGUCAACAAGGAAGACAUGUACAUCCGUUAUAUCCACAAACUGUGUGAUCUGCAUCUCCAAGCAGAGGAUUUCACAGGUAACAGACACACCGCAGCACCACCAUAAUGAGUAGAGGCUUUUCUCUCUGUAAAAGUAGAUGUUUAUUUGUUCGAUGCAGGCUUUUGAAGCUUUCCAAGGUCAGACUAAAACAAAACUUUGGUCUGGCGCUGAGAAGCAACAGGUCUUUGUCUGGCUUUUGCCCUGUUGUUCUGCGUGUCCUGUCCCCUUUCUUUUCUGUUUACUUUAUUCUAUCUGAGAGGUUCCUGGAGAGGAAUUUCAACAAACACAAAACUUAGAUGAGAUGAAAUAAACACAAUAUGUGGAGAAGUUUUAGGCUGUAUUUUAGUUUGGUGAAGACUCUGACCAACAAAAAUCUUUGAUAUUACUUUUUGUAGGUGGGUCUUGGAUGUGCAAAGUGUGUUUUGAUCAUAUUUCUUCUCUAAUUGAUUAAUUUUCUCUCCUAUAACAAGUCUAUAACAAAAAAUUGAUGCUUUUACUUUGAAUUUAAAACAGGCUUGGAAGUGAUAAUAACAAGAACAAACAACAAUAAUAAAUACAAAUAAUAAUAAUGACAUUUGCAAUUUUGUGGUCUGCUAUUGGUUGCUUUCAAGGUCUGCUAGCUCUCACUGACUACAGGUGCAACUUGACCCAAGCUAUUUUCCGCCAUCUUGCCAUUCAUUGCGCCUCGCAGGUGAAUUUCUCUUAAUGAAAUGUGGUUUGACUACAGUGCUCCUGCAGGGUAGCGCAAAUGUUCACCAUUAAUCUCGAUGAUUAUUAUUAUUAUUAGUGUGCUGGGGUAAAGGACCUCCCACACUUCCAAGCAUAGCUCCACCCACUUUCACUCGAAGUGGCGGUCCAAUUAGCCAGAGUAACUGGAAACGUGUGGGUGUGUAGAGCCUCCAACGGCGAAGUUUCACAGGUCAAAUGGACAAUUCACCAAAUGUUCCAGGAGCUUAACACAGCCACAGUCCAUCGGGAGUUAAUAACAGAUUAAUCCAAGUAUUACAAAAAGGCUAAAUUUGUUAUCGGCAGGGGGAUUACAUUAAAUGUUAAUCAGGUCUGGUAAUGCCACUCUUAAUCAUGUAAACAGGAAAUCAGGGGAAGUUGUCAGUUUAUAUAAUCGUGUUAAUAGCUUAAGUGGUCUUGCUUUACUCACAUUAUUGGCAGUGGAGGCUUUAUUGUGUGUGUGUGUAAAUGUAGCCAAAUAUGACUAAUUAAAUGCAACCUUAUUCAUCACUUACGUAAAACAAACAGGCAGCUGGCAAGAUAAUUGAAGCACAUUUCAGUGUUCUGCAGGGCCGUGAUUGCACACGUUUUGCAGAGUGUGAAUCAUUGUCUGCUCAAAAAAGAUGUUCUUUUCUCCAGAGACGUGACUUCAUCUCACUGUUUGUCAUCGGUUUUACUUUGCAGAUAAAUGCAUUUAAAUGUUUCGCCUUGCUUUUCCAUUCAGAGCUGGUUCAAAAAUUGUAUUGAUUGAUUUAUUUGUUCGUUUUAUUCUCUGUCAACCAACUUAACUUUGUAAAUAUAUAUAAAAAAUAAUCCUACAAGUCAAAUGUGAGGCUAUUGAAAUGCAUGUUUUGUCCUCGUUACAUAAAAAAAACAGAGUCUUUAAAUGAUAUCUCAAAUGUCAAAGAAAAGAAGCAAUAUUCUGAGAUUAAGAGGCUCUGAGUGUCUAAGGAGCUAUCGCUGAAGAGAUAAAGGUCAUAACGUUGUGUUCUUUCUCAUCGAGACUUAUUUUAUUGCACCCAAUAUUAACUUAACACUAUUUCUGGGACCUAUUUCAUCUAUAGUGCAAUAAUAAUCUUUUAAUUUCACCAAUCUAGAGUGUCCCUCCUUCCCCAAACAUCUCUUAAGAUGUAGCAGUGAUGUGCACAGAAUGAAACGGAUGAUUGGAAAAGGAAGAAAAUACAAAAAAUUGAACGUAUAUAGUAAAAAAUGAUGAGGAGAUGUAGAUCUUUAAAUGAAAGGUGUCCUGAAGUGACUAUACCUGACUGAUCUAACAGUAAGAAAACACUUUAAAAGGUUCAUUUCUAUCAUAAGCUGCUUUUUCCAUCCUAAACCAAAAUAUCCAGAUAUUUAAAAUAUUUGUGAUAUUCUUUCAAAAUCAUGCUUUUUCUUGGACGGUUGUGACAAAGACAUUAAAGAUAAGUCCAAGAUGCUGAUUUAGAGAGCAGCUGAUUAGAUUUCCGCCGUACAGGUGCUCUUUGCUCCUCUGCCUAAUGACAUGCAGAAACAGCCUCAGUGCGAAGGGCAGCUCGCACCACUGAGUGUCUACCAUCUGUUCACUGAAACUGGCACCAAAUUAUGUGGGAGAUAUCUGCUCUGUUCAACAUCUGCAGCAUCACUAGAAAGUGCGUAAACACGACGGUAGCCUUUUAUUUUGAUGACUUGUGUUUUUAUUGAUCACAGAGGCGGCGUUCACCCUGCUGCUGUACUGGGAGCUGCUGCAGUGGGAGGACCAGCCCCUCAGGGAUUUCCUCCACUACCCGUGUCAGAGCGAGUGGCAGCGCAAGGAGAACCUGAGUCGUAAAAUCCUGCACUACUUCAACAAGGGAAAGGCAAGUAAAUCUUUUACUGGCCUCCACCACCCCACCCCACCCAGCCCCCUAUUAUUUUUUUCAAUUUACUUCAAGACAGUGUUUCAAAGGACGACUAAAACCAUACCGUUUUUGACCCACAUCAGCUGCUGGCUCUCAGGCAGUAAAACACCCAAGGCUAGAUUUAUGCGACUGAACGGCACCGACAGAUUUAUGCAGGACAAGUGACAUUUAUGAAUGAAACUCACAUCUACUGUAAGGUUUUUCUCUGUUUUAAGACGCUGUUAUUGUUCAAGUGACUAUUUCUCCACAUCUGCAGUGCAGCUGUUUUUUUUAACGUGAUUAUAUUUUGCCCUCAUUAACAUCGGAAAUGAACGAGAAUCUCCAAACUUCCCAAUUAUUUUUCUGUUUCCAAUAUUUGGAGGUGUGUUUUUAAUGUCACUGACAAGCUUAGCAGUAUAAAACUGUAACAAAUCUUUUAUUCAAUCCAAAUUUUUGGGUUUGAAAUUUUAUUGAAUAUUACUUGUAAAGUCGUGAACUGGGAAAUGGUACAAAAAACAGUAUUUCAUGUUAAUUAUAUGACAAUUUUCUGAGAUGCAUUGUCCCCAAAAGUCUCAAGAUGCACUUAAAUGUGUUAUUUUUGGAGGAUAAAGCUUAAUUUCUUCAAAUCCUGCAUGAUUGCAUAAUAUUAAUUUGUCCGAGGUCAUAUAUUCAACCGUUAAGAUCAUCAAAAACAAGGUGGUAAAAUGAAAAUAUUUUGUAGCAGUGGUUUUAAAGCUUAACCAGCUACCAUCCUUGUUUCUUUCUUGCCUCAGUGAAUGUCUUCUUUCGCUUUGUAUACUGAGACAAACACUGACUGCCGUAUUACGUCACAUGCAUACAAACAUUACCUUAUUCCACUGCUUCUCAGUGAGGGUCAGCUGUUUGCUUGGAAGGGAUUUUUCCUCCCUAAAUACAUCCCCCCCCGCCUGCCUGGUAUUCAUCCACGAAAUUAAAUUAGCGGGCUGGUCUCCGCACUUUAGAGACGGCGAUGCCCUCUGGACUCUGGAAAGCGUUUGAGGAGGGAAUAAAAGUCCCCUCCGUCUCUGACUCGGUGUCAUAUUCAGUUUUUAUUGCUGAGCUUGUGCAUAAAAUCAGUGGCUGUCCUGAACUUGGGGAAACCUCUGCUGCUACCAGUCUUGAAACUCAAACACUACAAACAGAAAUCUAUAAGAAAUUGAAAAACUGCUCAGAGAUCAGUAACCAAGGUGAGGCAGUAAUAGGAAAACAACACGGUUGCUAAAAAGUGGCUGUUUAGCAUCUUUAGGAGGGAUAUUUCUUGGCCUAAAAAGUCCAAGUCAAGCAAGAAAUUUCUCCUAAAUACUGUCAAAUGUGAAACAUAAGAGAUGUUUGUUGAUGUAUGUUUGAUUUCCUGACCUUUUAUUGAAGCUUUUUUCCUUCAUAUUCUUAUUAAAAGGCGUCUCUUUUGACUUGAAUGUCUUCCCAUUUUAAACGUAUAUUUAGGGAGAAAAUAAACCAGUAAUUGCUUGCAUAAUUUUGCCGUCUUACUCAGUCAGGUGUCUCUUGAUAAUAAAGAAUAAAUUUAGCUUUUAUUAUUAGUUCAGUUCUCAUGUGUAUCUGUCUUUGCAGUGCUGGGAAUAUGGAAUCUCUCUGUGCCGGGAGCUGGCUUUCCAGUACGAGACUUUGUAUGAUUAUCAGAGCCUUAGCUGGAUACGGGUGAGUAAAGUCUGGUGUGCCACCCUUUCUUUUUUUUGAGUGCGAUUGAAUCAUUAUUAAUCAUCACUCUUUUGCAUGUUCGUCACUGCGUGGCAGAAAAUGGAGGCAGCCUACUAUGACAACAUCAUCGAACAGCAGAGGAUCGAGCCAGAGUUUUUCCGGAUGGGCUUCUACGGCAGAAAGUUUCCUUUCUUCCUCAGGGUAAGGCUUACAAAAAUCUCGUCUCAUCUCGUCUGUCCUGACACAGUUACGAUUCUGCUGAUGUGGAGGAAAGCUACACCGCUUCUCCAUGCUUCAGUAGGCAGCAGUGUCAGUUACAGCAGCUCAGACCAGACAGAGAGCCUGGAUGGGAAGUGGAUGUUGGUAAUUUGAUCAAGUAUAAGAGGGUGUGAUACUGAAAAUUAUCUAAUAUGGAGGGAUUCAAAACGUUUAUUCGGAGCAUAAUUAUUGCUAAUCUCUUACUGAUUUACAGUUUGGGCUUUUUAAUAUGACUUUUAAUUAGGAGUUUUUCCUUUUUUAGCCUAAGACUUUAUUAUAAGCAUUGUUUAAACAUCAUUUAUUUUAUUUUAUUCAAUUAGUCAUAGUUUUUGUCUGGUAUUUAUCUGCUCUACUUUAAGUUAUUUUUUCUCUGAUUUUAAUUGUGUUUAUUUUACCCUUGCACAAUAAAUUUAUUUUAAUGUAUAAUUUUUUUUAAUUUUCAAAUUAAUUUUGUUUGGUGUAGUCUAUUUUACAUAUUGAUGUAAUUUCCUGUCUGUCUAUUUCUUUAAGAAACACUAUAGGCUGCAUGCUCAUAUGUACCAUAUUUUUCGCACUAUAAGGUGCACUUAAAAUCCUUUUGGCUUGUUGGAGCACUGCAGCUACCAUAGCCUUGUGGAUUUAUUGAAUGAGUUAAAUAAAGUUUGAUUUACCUGACUGUUUUGUUUUGCUUAAUGCGCUCUAUAAUCCGGUGAGCCUUAUGUAUAAAAAUAGACACGUUCAUUGAUGGUGCGCCUUACAACCAGGUGCACCUUUUAUAGUGCAAAAAAUAUGGUAUUAAAAGUUGCUAUAUGGUGAAUUGAGUUAAGUUGUGCUUGUCAGAAAUAAGUCAUUACUUCAUAUUUAUACCCUUAGCUUUAACAUACAUUGUUUAUCCAAUUUUUUCUUGUGACAUUUAACCAAGUCUGUUUCAAGUCUAAAUGUGACAUGUCUUAUUCUUUAUUCUUAAUAAACAUAAUAUAGUUGACUGUUAAUAAUAUUCUUGUAACGAAGUAUUAAAUGAUAACAUAAAUGAGAGUUUACAGGUCCUUUUGUGGCAAAUUUCAAAGAGUGAAGACAUUUAUUGCUCCUCCCGUCUCUACAGAACAAGGAGUUUGUCUGUCGUGGUUAUGACUAUGAGCGACUAGAGGACUUCCAGCAAAGGAUGCUGGGGGAAUUUCCACAAGCCAUCGCCAUGCAGCAUCCAAACCAACCUGAUGACACCAUCCUGCAGAGUGACGCACAGUGUAUCCUACUUAACCCACUGCUAGUUGUUCCAGCGAUGAAGCCAACACUCUGCUGUAUAAGUUAAACUGUAGAUGUGACAGAUCAAAUGCGGCUGUUCAGGUUUUGUUCUCAAGUCAGACAGUAAAGGCAGAUGCUCUCUGUACUCUUCUGCGAAUAUGCAUGUCUGUCUUUAUGUCUGUCAUUUCCUUGACACUUGGCUUCCAGAUUUGCAGAUCUAUGCGGUGACUCCAGUGUCAGACAUCUCUGAUGUGCCUCAGCUGGAGCGUGUGCCCGAGAGGAUCAAGAGCUUCUACCGCAUAAACAACGUCAGCCGCUUCCACUAUGACAGGCCUUUCCACAAGGGGCCCAAAGACCGCGAGAACGAGUUCAGGGUACGUUGAGCCAGCAGUGCCCCCUCUCAGUCCAUCUCUGCUGCACAGUACACAGAUUCUCACAAAAACGCUGACAUUUAAAAAGAGAGAAUGAGGUCAAAUAUAAACCUUAAAAUGUUUGACUGUCAUACCUCUUUAAAUUACUCUGUUGUUAAGAGUCAGUUUUGUUUGAUAAAACCAGAAUCUGUUUCUGUAUAAAGUAAAGCUGGUGAUGAUCUUUCAGUUUUUUCGCUUUUUAGUACAUGUAGGAAGGAAAAUAUGGGACAUCCAGUUUAUUAACAGCAGACAAACUUCUUCCAAUUUUGUCAUUUGUAUCUGAUCGUCCGCCCCAAACACAUUUGGCUCAUACAAGAUAAUCAGCUACCCAAAGUAAUUCAAGAGUGUGUUUUUUAUUUUUUUGUCUAAGAGGUUAAACUUACCAGGAAAAAAGUUGAGGACUAAGGAUUUAGCCAUGAGGUACUCCAUGCAUCACCUCUUAAAUUCUUGAUAUUGUAUGACUUAAGGAAACACCUUUUUGUUUCAAAAGUCAGUUGUUUUCUUUCAUUUAUUUUUUUUUGCAUUAAAUCCAAUGGUCAUGACUUAAUAACAACUAAGGUUAGAGUCCUGUGAUGAACACAUGGUGUUUUUAAUUGAGAUGUAACAGCUAAAAACUUGGCUGUCUGCUUAUAACACUCACACUUCCAUCCAAUUUGGUCAAAAUGUUGCCAAACUCAAAAAGAAAGUGCCUGCCUUCUCAUUUUGCUAAAUAAUCUCAACUCAUGAGGACAAAAAAAAAAGAUAAAAUAUCUCUAAUCAAAUAAACUAGACUGCAUAAUCUUUUGCUAAUGUUGGAAAAGUUGUGCUGGGCAGUGAACAUUACUUACUUCCCCAAAUAUGACUUCUUUUGUAGCAGCCUUCGUAAUUGAAACUCACAGUAUUCUCUUUCUUAACUGCAGGUGCAUUAGUCAUAAUCACUGCAAAAUGAUGUAAUGUGGCAAGAGGAAAAGUUUCUAAAUUCAUGACGCAGGAUCCAAAGACUGAACACUGCAGUAAAACAAAGGACAGAAGCAGCAGCUGAUGUGUUUAAUGCAGGUUUUUGCUUUGUAGAUGCUUCAUAUCGUAAUAAAUAUGGUGUUUGUAUUGUUUGGUCUGUCAGAUGAUGAAUUUAAAAAAAAAUAAAAUAUUGACAUACGACUGUCUGAAGUCAAUACAGAUAUUUGCAAAUUGGAUUUAGUCCAGUAUACCAAUCUCAGAUUUUGAAAAGCAGAAAACUAGGAUCACAUUUUGUCCUCAAGAAAUGAAUUCCAGUAAUACAGAUAUAACCGUUAUUUAAAUAAGGUUUUACUCUCUUUAGAUCCCCAUUUCUAUUAAACAUCUCAAGCUCAAAUUUUAUCAUGCUCUGUUGUUACAGAAACUGCUUAUCCUGUUGAAAAAUUCUACAAUCAGGUCAACAGAGACUUGAACCAGACAUGGCACACGACUAUAUUUUCCACUGACACACUUACCUAAAUCUGGAAUCAAACCAUAAGGGGACUUUUACUCCUCACUGAGCUGACCUAAAUGCCACAACACAACACAGCUCUGAGGUAGUACUCCUCACAGCCUGGUUAUGUCUCUAUUAUUUCAUACUGUCAGCUCUCCAGUGGACCCUCCUGUUGUUAACAGGUGUGGUUGAUAGACCGCAUAACCCCCUGUUAUCUCUCUCUGCUUGUUUAACAGAGUCUGUGGAUUGAGAGAACAACCCUGAUCCUCUCCCGUCCUCUCCCAGGGAUCUCCCGCUGGGCUGAGGUGGAGAGGAGAGAAGUGGUGAGGAGCUCAAAACAUUCAUUCUCUAUUAUCACAUAAAGCGCAUGCUGCUCCCCGAAGGCCGCUGCGACAGUUUCCUCAAGCUUCCUGAUGACAGAUGGAUCGGGGUUAAAUGUAUAUAUUUAUUUCCAGGUGGAGGUGAGCCCUCUGGAGAAUGCCAUUUAUGUGGUGGAGAAUAAGACCCAGGAGCUGCGGACUCUGAUCAGCCAGUACCAACACAGACAGCAUCAUGGCAACAUCAACCCACUCAGCAUGUGCCUAAACGGGGUCAUCGAUGCUGCGGUGAAUGGAGGCAUCGCCAGAUAUCAGGAGGUACAAAGAGAUUCGGGGAUAAUGACAUUUAAUUAGACCCACGAUUGAAUUGGUGUUCAUCUUUUGACUCAUCUGCCCCUUAAACAGGCUUUCUUUGACAAGGACUACAUUAGCAGUCACCCUGAAGACACGGAGAGGAUCACACACCUGAAGGAUUUGAUGCAGGAACAGGUCAGAUGCACCCCUGAAUUUGGUCACGUGUGAAUUCACUGGUUCAAUAAACUCACAUGACAGUGUUGUAAGCAUCUUUACUUUUUCGUAAAAAGGUGCACAUUCUUGGAGUGGGUCUGGCUGUUCAUGAGAAGCUGGUGCAUCCAGAGAUGCGCCCCCUGCACAAAAAGCUGGUGGACCAGUUCCACAUGAUGAGGACAGGUUUACAUCAUGUGAGUAGUUCAACAUGAGUUUGUUCGGUAACACUUUACAAUAACCAUAACUUAUAAGUGGCAAUAGACCAUUUAUAAAUGGUAAGCAGAUAGUUUAUUAAUGUUUAAUCAUCAUUUAUAAAUAGCAUAAAGACCAUUAAUAGAUUGUAAAUUUUACAGUUUUAAAAACCUAACCCUAACUUUACAAUAACCAUCUAAGUAAUGUUUUUAUAGGUGGUUUAUAAACAAAAUAUUAACCAUUUACAAAGUAUUACAAACAUCAGUUGCAACUUUACAGUAACCAUCUAAGUAAUGUUUAUAGAUGGUUUAAAAACCAAAUAUUAACCAUCUACAAAGUGCUACUGACACACAUUUUAAUCUAGAUGUUUUACAAUCAAUAUUUAAACCCUAUAUAAACCUUUAAUAAAUAGUCCAUUAAUAAGUAAUGAAAAUUAUUAUCGUUAAUAGUAAAGUAACUAUUAACUUACAUUAAUAAACUAUCUAUUUGCCAUUUAUAAUUGGUCUGUAUGCUGUUUUUAAAUGAUGAUUAAACAUUAACAAACUAUCUAUCCUAUCUAUUUACUCGUUAUAAAUGAUGGUUAUCUGCCACCUUUUCAGUCCAUAAUUGUGAAUCAAUGUUAACAUGCAAAUUUUCAGAUGUUUGUGUAUACAGUGUUAAUAUUCAGAGUAGUAUAUGGUUGGAUCCCAGCAGGGUGUGCCAGGUGUGGAUCGAUUUGGCCCUGCAGGCUGCCAGGGGGUCAAUUCUCCGAGAGGGAUCCUCUCCUCACACAGCCACAUGAGCCCUGAGAGUGUGCGCCUCAUGCACAGACACAGGUCAGCCUCUUAAAAACACAAACACACCCACACACGGAGACACAUCGGUAACCUAGACUGUCAACCAAGGGUAAAACAGAAUUGCUCACACACAUGAAUUCACGCCUUAACACAGAUUCCUUUGGGAAACUGGGGAAAAUUUAAGGUCACAAUUAAAACUGAGCUCCAUUUGACCACUUAAGGUGAUAAAGUUAGUCAACUGCACUUCAUAUACAUCUAAAUCUAAAUCCGAUAGGCCUACAGUUUUAAUCCAAAAUGCUUAACCUAAGAUAUAACAACACAAGAUUAGCAAAAACAUCUUCUCUUUGAAACUAGAGCGUGAAAUUUAGCUGCACACACCACCAAGCAGACUCUCACACACACACACUGACAUGAGACACUCAUUGACGCAGAGAUAAAUAUCUUUUACCAUCUCCAACAUAAUCUCUUUCCUGUAGCCCUCUGAACCUCCAGGGCUCAAUCCGUCACUCGUCCUCCUCCCUGUCCUCUCACACAUCGAGCGAGGCGGGAAACCUCGUCAUAAUGACAGACGGCUUGAUGGGAGAGCACCCAGAGGAGGCAUUACACAUGCAGGUAAGGCUUGAGAGGAAAACAACCCCGACACCACUGUACUGGAAAUUGCAUGAAUUUAUGCCGCACGUUAGCCUCAGAUUUAAUGAAACAAGACGGCAAGUAAACCAAUUAAAGAAAGUAUAUUUCAGUUCUGCUUUGCAGUAGGUUUUGUUAUAUGUAGAAUACAUUUUGUUUGCAGCCGAGCCCCUCCUCCUCCAGCCUGAGCUCUAUUCGUUCUAACUCUUCCCAGAUUAUUAACUCGGCUCCCUCGAGUGCCAGAGGUAAGUAACACAAAUGCAGACAGACACACAAGAGAUGGUUACACAGACUGGAGCAGUUAUAACUCUAUCCUGCCCCACCUCAACUAUAUUCUCCUUUAUGCAUCAUAUAUGACAGUUUUAUCAACCAUAGAUGCAAAAGAAUAAGAAAACACAUAUUAGAUAUUAUCAACUGGAAGCUAGCAUGACAAAUACCUUCAUUUAUACGAUGCACAUGUACAUCCAAGUAAUAUAAAAUCAGACGUUUAAUUAUAGUUUUCCUUUCCUCAGGUUCUCCAUCGUUGCCUGAUAAAGCUAAACACAACAGAGAAGUCAUGAUACUGUUACCGUCUCACCGUGAGAGGGCCAACAACUCCAUGUACUACAACAUGGCAGAGAACGGACAGGUAGGUCUGAUUUCUGGGAUGAACAUAUUGCAUGCAACCAUGUCAGUAGCUGAUGCAUAAGACUUUUUCUAACCUGACAUCACUUGCAUCGAUGCUUUCUGCAGAACAACCAUAUGCAGCGUGCCUUACUCCAGCAAGUUAGCCCCUGUAAGCCGUGUGCUGAUCCUCACAUGAACCUGCCAGAGAAAGGUAUCACUCAAACACAGGUUGAGAUGUGCGGUUUUGUUUAUGUGACAUGUCUCAUAGUGUUUUUUAUGUGUCCUCCCCUGCAGUCUUUCCAAACACUCCCAACAGCUGGGGUCUGGAUGGAGAGAACAGGGAGCAGGUGUCCUACAUGCCCGCUUCCACAGGUGGAGUCAUGAUGCCUCCAGUCCCACCCAGGUCCUUCCCACCAGGUGACUUUUACCCCAUACUGGUAGAUUUACAAAGAAAAUAGUCAAUUUUUUGAAUUUACAAGCAGUCAGAGCUGUAUGUAAAGAUCUUUUUCUCCUUUUUCAGGACACUUCUUGAUGCACUGUGAUGCGUAUCACCACCAAAACAGCGACCCCCCUCCUGCCCUGCCUGUCCGCUCACUUAGAAAGGUACAGAUAUGCAAAGAAGGAUGCAGAUUUAGAAAUGACAGGACAGACUAAAAAAAAUUAAAUCUUACUUGUGUUUUAGAGUUAUCGCAUUUUUCGCACUAGAAGGCGCACUUAAAAUCCUUUUGGCUUGUCAGAGCACUGCAGCUACCGAAGCCUUGCGGAGUUAUUGAAUGAGUUAAAUAAAGUUUGACUUAUCUUACUGUUUUGUUUGGCUUAAUGCACUUUAUAAUCCGGUGCGCCUUAUAGUGGAAAAAAUACGGUACUUUGCUUUUGUCAGAGUGGUCAAAACUGAAAUUACUAAAACAAACAUGAUGAAAAAACAUCCAGCGUAAGUACUUGUGCAGUGAAAUGAGACUCAAAUGCAGUAAAUGCACAAUUCUCUUUUAUUUGUUAUUUGACCACGCUGGUUUUUGCACAAAUCGCUGCAAUGCAAGGUUGGGAUCAAUCCCUGUUCUCACGUCUUUCGAUCAUUUCUGCUUUCUGUGCAUGUAUGAGCGUGUACUCAAACUGGUGCAACACAAUCUGUCACACCUUGAACGCUCUAUUCUUCUCUUCUACCCAGUCUCCUCUCCACCCGAUCCCUGGCUCUCCCACCAGUCCUCAGUCUGCUCUGGGUGGCAGUAACUCCACUUUGUCCGGCAGUGCCAGCAGCGGCGUCUCCUCUCUUAGUGAGAGUAACUUCGGAGGACAGUACCCAGAGCCCGGUCCAAUUCGAAAUGACGCCUUGGAGCCUCUUCCCAGCCACCUGUGGUCUCCCCCCGAUGAAUACCUGCCCUCCCCUUACCUGCACAUCCACUAUGGUGGACCAGAGAUUGACUCCAUUGAUCCUGUCCGUCCCUUCCACUACCGCAGCCCCACCUCACACCCCCACCAGCACAACCACCCUCAUACUCAUGCCCAUGCUCAUCCUGGAAUGGACCCGCACGCUCAUGGGCCGCCGCCUCACCACCACCCUCCUACUCACGGCCCUCACCACAUCCCGUACCGCCGGCCCCAACCUCCCGCCGUGCCGCCGAAACCCUACCUGAGAGAGGGCUGCAUCCCCGAAGAAGACCUGCCGCCUCAGCCCAUCCCGCUGCCUCGCAGGAUCUUCCACUCUCCUCACGGCCACAGAGAGGAACAGGGGAAGCACCCAUGGGAGCAGUGCAUCAGUGAAGAGCACGAGGAGACACAGUGA